GCCCACCAGAGGGCGGUGCGUCGCUUUCCACUAGAAGCUAGAGAGAGCAAUAGGGGCGAUGCGCAUGCGCGCCGAGAUCCACGCGGUGGCCUCUUCAAAAGCUCUCUGAGGAGCCGCUCAUCCCCCCCACCCUCCGCGUUUCCCGCUUCUGCGCAUGCGGUCCUCCUCGCCCGACCUUGUGCCCUCCCGCCGCUGUCUUGCGUUUCACCCUUUCCAUUCCCUGCCACUUUUUUCUAAAGGCGUGUCUGCAGGGGGCGCUGCAGCCAAGAGGCCUCCUUAAGCUUUCCUCUUUCCUAGAGCGGCCAGGACGGCGGCCGGCCGGCCUGCUGCCGCCACCCGCCGGCGCAUGCGCGAGUGCGGGUGAGAGGUCGGCAAGAUGGCGGCGGCCUCGUCAGUGGAUGAGGCGCCGGACAACGAGGACUAUUACUCGCUGCUGAACGUGCGGCGGGAGGUGAGGCGCCGGCGGUGGGGGCGGUGGCGGAGGCGGCCGGCCUUCACAAGCCGCUGGGGGGGAAGGAGAGGCCUGGGUAGGAGAGGUGGAGCGGGCGAGUCACUGAGGGGGGAAGCGGGGGAGGGGCGGGUCACAGAAUGGGCACCUGCGAAGGACGCAAGAGAGGUCCAGCAGCAGGAGCGCCAGGCCAGGGCGGCGUAGGGCCGGCCAUGUAGCCCAUCGUCCUGUUCCCGCAGUGGACAACCAGAUGCCCCGGUGGGAAAGCUGCCAGCAGGACCUGAAUGCAACAGGAGCAACUCUCCCCGCUCCUGUGGCUUCCAGCAACUGGUAUUCAGAAGCAUUGCAGCUCUACAAAGGCAGAGCAUAGCCAUCGUGGCUAGUAGCCAGUGACAGCCCUCUCCUCCAUGCAUUUGUCGGAUCCUCUGUGAAAGCCAUCCAAGCUGGCCAUUAUCCCAUCCUACGAGAGGCAGCUCCAUAGUAAAACUGCACUGCGUAAAGAAGUCAUUUAUUGUAUCUGUCGCGCAUCUUCGUCCCACAUUCAGCUUCAUUGGAAGUCCUCGUGUUCUAGCGUCAUGAGAGAGGAGAAAAACUUUUAUCUGCUUUCUCCAAAAUUUUAUGUCUCCUCCUGCUUGCCUUUUAUCUAAGCUGAAGAGUCCCAGACACGGCAAGCUUUCCUCAUAGGAGAGACACAAAUGCAAUUUCUACCUUUGUUUGCUAUUAAAAUUUAUUUUUAAAAACAACAAGGAGAGGUUGUAAAUAUGAGUUAAGAAUUUAAACAGUGUGUCUUAUAUUAAGAUUGUUAUUCAAAGCAGUUUCAGCAGCGUUCUCGGCACCUGUGAUUCCCAUAAAGUGGUGGUAAGAAGUAUUACUGCUUCUGACCAUGGAGGCUGAGCAUAGUCAUUGUGCCUAGUAGCCAUUGAUAGCCUUAGCCUUCAUCAGUUUCUCAGCCAUGAAGUCACUACAUGACCCAAGACAAGCCAUGCUUGUCCACAGUCAACUCACUGCAACAUGGAGAUAAUCACACCAGCCUAUUUUACAAAGCUGCUGUGUGCAUUUAUAGGGGGAAAUGUAUGCCAAGGACUCUGAAUGCUCCAAAAUCACACAAUGGCCCAUGUAGUCUAGCAUCCUGUUCUUACCAAUGCUAACCCAGAUGAAUGUGAGAAGCCCAUAAGCAGAACCCGAGCACAAGAAAACUCCUUCUGCCUGUGGUUUCCAGCAAUUGGUACUCAGAAGCAUUACUGCCUCCAACAGUGGAGGUAGAACAUAACCAUCAGGGUUAGUAACUCAUACCAUACCAUGCCUAUAGCAAGGUCACAAGCAAGACCUGAGUACAAUGAGAGCACUCUCUUUUGUAAUUCCCAGCAUGCUACGUCCAACCAUAGAGGCAGAGUAGAACCAUCCUGUCUAGUAGCCAAUUUCCACCCCUUGGUUCUAGUCCUGGCCUCUAAAGGUAACAGUAAGCAAGCCUGCUCCAUCUGCUGUAUGACAGAUAUGUGAAGCACUGUCAUGUCUCAUCUUCUGUUCUCCAGUCUUUAAACUAUUCCUCAUAGGAUUUGUUUCCCUGACAUCCUUCCACCUGACAAUCACUUCCUCCACUUUGUUAAAGUCCUUCUUAAAAUGAAUCAGGCCAAUGGCCCAUUGAGUCCAUCAUCCUAGUUCUCGCAGUGGCCAACCAGAUUCCCCAAUGGGAAGCCAUCAAGCAGGACUCAAGCACAAGAGCAUUCUCACCUCCUGUGGCAUUCAGCCUUCCAACUGAGAAGGGAGAGCAUAGACAUCAUGGCUAGUAGCCAUUGAUAGUCUUCUCCUCCAUGCCAGUAAUCUUCUCCUAAAUGAAUUUGCCCAAUCCUCUUUUAAAGCCAUCUAAAUUGGUGUCCAUUACUUUCUCCUCUGAAAGCCAAUUGCAUAGUUUAACUAUGUGCUGCAUGAAGAAGUACUUUAUUUUAUCUUUCCCGAAUCUUUCAGCAUUCAGCUUCAUUGGAUAUUCAUGAGUCCUAAUGUUAUGAGAGAGGAAUAGUUUAUUUUUCUCUCUGUUCUUUUACACCUCUAUCAUGCUCCCUCUUAACUCACAUUUUUUCACCAGACCAAAUGUCCCAAAUGUUGUAACCUUUGCGGUGGAGUUACUGCAGCUCCUUCAUCUUUAUGGUUACCCUAUUUGCCAUUUUCAUUGUGUUCCCCGCUAUGACCUCAGAUCUGUUAAUUAUCACAUGUGCUUGCUGGUGUUAAGAUUUGUAUUUAUUUAAAUAGAAAUGAUCCAAUAGCAAGGGAUUUCCCAUUUCUAACUCACCCAAUAGAGAAUAUGAGGGUGAGGUGGAGAUCAGCCAGGCAGGAAAUUACAAGGCAAACAGCCCAAGAUAACAAGAAAAAUAAGAGCAAUGGGGUAACGGGAACUGCUACCACCACAGGCAUCCCAGGUAACACUAGGCGUCUUCUUCCCACUGGGGAAUGGGACUUCAUUUGGGCAAUUCAGAAAUACUUUUCAAGUUGAAAUGUGUGAACAUGUCUAGGAUUUCUUGCUAAUUUUAAGCAUUCCCCACCUUAGCACAAACAUUCAUUAUAUCACUGGGGAGGCUUCAACAUCUUUAGUUUUUCAUCAACAGCACUGAGGGAUGGUUCAUAUUCUGGGGGUUUAAAUUAAGGGCUUAUUGUAUCUGAGCCAUAAACAGCUGAAAAGCUUCAUAGAGGUUUGUAAAACUAGUAAAAAUCUUACAGAGGAUUUCUUUCAAAGAGAAGGAAAUAUCCCUGUCCAUCCCCUCCCUCUUCUCCCUACACAGUGGGGAGGCAACUUCAUGUCAUUUGCAUUUUCACCACAAUAAAGUUGAUAAUGGCAGCGAUCUUGACUUUGAUAAAUAUUCCCCAAAGGCCACUGCAGUCUUUUGGAAAGAAGAAAGAAGUGAUGAAAAGCCCAAGCUUGCGGCUCCCUUUCAUCAUUGCCCCUUUGUUUUUGAGAAUUGCAUAAAUGAGAACCUCACAUCUCAGAACCCAGUCUAUGUGUCAUCUUGCUUCUCCGGGAAAGCUAUAAGGGUCAGCUUCUACAGAGCUCUGGAAAGUUUACAUUGCCAUGAAUGUAUUACCUUGGAAAGAGGGUAGAAUGUAGAAAUGCAUGGGCCAGACAGAAAUGGCCUGAGGUUGGGUUCGCUGGAUGCAAUAAAACCAUGGUCUUUCAGCCAUCCGGAUAUUAUCACAGGCAGUGUUCCAGAAAACCAUAGGAGAAGGUAAUAAACAUUUAUGAACUGAGCAGCUCAAGCAAACUGUCUAAACAGCCACUUUCAGUGAAUUUCCUUUGACCAUCUGCUGCACGCUCAAGCCCCAACACAGCCUCUACAGCAACCAUUUCCUAGACUGGCUCUUGUUCAAAGGGAUGCUUUUGUUUCCUUCAUAUUUUAUGGUAGCUCCUCACAAUUUUGAAGAGUAUCAGAAGUACAGUGCUGGUGUGACCUUGGGCUGCUAGUUCGUACAACCAUACGUGUUCAGUGCCACCACCUCUAUUCAGUCUCACUAGGAAAACUGGAGGAAUACUUCAACACCCACACACUGGUUUAUAGCAUACCUUGCCUUUGGGUUUGGCAUGAGCCUAGAUAUCUCUUGGAUUUCUGUUGUUGUGCAUAACUUACAUUAUUUUAUUUUUAGUACUCUGUGUGAUUCCAUAUUCUCUGCCAUGAGACUGCUACCAGAGUAAAAGGUUUGCAGGAUUUACUUAGAAUGGUGACAAGAGAGUGAUGGAUGUUGGCAUCUCCCUCCUAAGCUAUCAGCAUUUCCUUGUGGACGGGGCCUUUAACGCUGUAGAGGGACAGCGCUGGUAGGGCAAUGUACCAUGCCAGUGUGGUGUCCUUUAGUAGCUGCUUGUAUCCAUCCCUCAAUAUCAUUUAUGAGAUUUUGCCAGGUGAGGAAAUGGCCAAGAAACAACGGGUGAUUAUGCUGAGCACAUGGAAGUUGGAGUGGGGAAAGUGGUGGGUUGGAGAAUCCAGUGCCACGGACCAGAGUGACUCCCUGGUGCUAUGGAAGCAAAAAUGAAAUGAAAACAAUCAUAGAGUUGAGUGUGUAAGACGGCUGUUGGUCUGCUUUCCAUAAUUAAUAUUUUGUAAGAUUGCUCUCUUCUCUCUCAAGCUAUUUUGAUUGUUUAGCCAUCUAAUAUGGGUUGAUUCCAAAGUUGUACCAAGAUUGCAAGAGAAAUAGCAGCCAUAACACUUUAAAGACUGACACAAUGUGAUGCUGUGGUUCAUAGGUCAGAUCCAACUUAAUCAUGUUGUUCAUAAAGAUGCACUAGAAGCUUGUUUUAAAGGAAAACUUAAUGUUGUUGCCAAAUCUGACUUAAUGGUUUUGUUCUUGUGCCAUUAUUAUUCCAUGGCUCCUAUUAGCCACCAAUUCUUUUCUUGGGUAUAUAUUGAUAGGUUUCAGUGGCAGUAGGAAAAACUCCCUCCUCCCUGCCUAAACUUUGGCAAUUGGUUUUUUUAUGCUUAACUUGCAUUGAGACUAAAACAGUGCUUGGCAAGGGUGCUGCCUAUUAUAUACAAUACUUAAACUGUUUUCUACUUUGCUUUCACAACAGCAGUCAUUGUUGGGGCUGUCAUGCAAGUUACGUGAGGCCAUAAGACUCUGUCCUAGGCGUUGUUCUGUUGAACAUUUUUUAUAAACUUGGCUGAAGGAGCAGAGAAUGCUUAUCAUAUUUGCAAGUGACACAAAAACAGGAGGAAUAGAUAACACUGCAGAAGACAAAAUCAAGAUUCAAAAUGAUCUUGGCAGGCUGGAACACUUGUGCAGAAACCAGCAAGAUGAAACUCAACAGAGGUAGAUGUCAAGUCCUGCAAGUAGGUGCAAAGUAUCAAAGGCAAAGGUACAGAAUAGGGGGACCUGGCUUUGCAGUGGUAUACGUGAAAAGCAUCUUGAUGUCUUUAGUUGAUCACAAGCUGAACAUGAAUCAGCAGUGAAGCAUGGCUGCUGAAAUAGCUAAUGCAUCCUUAAGCUGUGAUAACAGAAGCAGAGUGUCCAGAUCAUGAGAAAUAAUAGUUCAGCUCUGUUCUGCACUUGACAAAGUAGAGGAUGUCAGAGGGAGGGUGAACUGGAUGCUGACGGGUUUGGAUGAAAGAGCUUUGGGAAGAGAAGAUGAAGGGCAGGGAGAGGUGAUAGUGGUCUUCACGACGUUCUCCAUUGCUUCGGGCGACAGGGCUAGCGCUUCCUUGAACUUUACUUGUGUCUGCUCAUUAACUGGUGAAUAUCUUGGUAUACAAACAAAAAAUGAUUUUUAUGAACAAAUCUUUCUGAUUCACUUUAGAAGGACUGUACCCUUCUUUGGAGGUCUUUAAGCAGAGGCUGGGCAACCAUAUGUCAGGAGUGCUCUGAUGGUGUUUCCUGCUUGGCAGGGGGUUGGACUCAAUGGCCCUUGUGGUCUCUUCCAACUCUAUGAUUCUAUGAUUCUAUACCCUAAAAGGCCAGUUAAAAAACCUUUUUAUAAAUACCCAAAAAAAAGCCAGUUCCCAAAAUGCUAUCUGUAUUCAUGAUGAUUUAUAGGCAAAACAUUUUGUCAAUGUUAUGUUUCAUAUAGUUGUUAAUUUUGUUUCCAUUUAGAACACAAGAAACACAAACCACAUUUAUUAAAUGGAAAAGGCAGUGGUGGUGGUAGUGAAGCGGGGAGCACUCAUUUCCAUGAUUCCCAGGUGAUUUGCCAACAGAGAUGAAAACGUGAAAUAUAUGUGAACUGAGAAAUGGGACUUGUCAUUGUCCUUUCAAAAUGUAAGAGUGUUAUGACAGAUCAUUUAAUUGGGUAGCUCAUAAAUCAAGGCCGAACCAAGGUACAACUUCCAGGCGAUUCCAGCUCAGAAGGAUGACUUUGGGGAAGGGAUUUAAGAAGGUAAUUGCUUCUCUUUCCCUGAAAGCCUUAAAAAGAAAACAGUCCACAUUCCAAUUUGUCAAUUUGUAGCAUUUUUGCAAACCAGUUAUUCAACAUCAGCCUCUGAAGUAACUUCUGGGGUCUUAAUAGGCCUCAGUUUAGGAGCCAUCAUGCUCUUUUGUAGUCUAAGGAGUGUGGUGGGCGCAGGUGUUGUUUUCAUCAGUGGGAGAAAUUAUCGUGUCUCACUGGUCAGCUACUGCCCAUCCAGCAUUCGAAACUCCCAUUGUUCUAGGCGCAUUUUGCGAUGGAAUUUCAUUAGCAUGAGCAGUUUCUGAGCUCUGGGUGCAAUACUGCGCCUAAGAUUUCAGAUUAAAACUGCAGAGUGGAAGGAAAGGAGGCACUUUUUCUCUCUCCCCAUUUCCAGCUACUCUCUGAAGACUGGAGAAGAGACCCUCUUAAGACCAUUAGGGGGUGGGCAGGGGAAGAACUAGAUAGACCGCGUGAAAAAUGAGCAUAAUAUUUUAGCUGCAGUUCAUUCAUUUUCUGCUUUGUAUUCUAGUUAUAAAAAAGUGCGCCUAGACAUUCCAUUGUUACGCCCAUAACCUAGGAUUAAGGUACCAUUUAGCUCCUAGCUUUCAUAUCUCAGUUUCUAACACUUUGCCCACCUUAAGCUGGGCAGCCUCCAGUCAAUAAGGUACUGACCCACCACUGUCUGCCUGCUUCAAUGGGUGCUCAGUGCUCAUAGUAUCACUCAGUGAGGGAUCAAACCACUGCACCAGACAACAAAGAAAAGAAACAACCCCCCUUGUGCCUAGCAAGCUGGAACGUCAUGGCCAUGUGUCCUGGCUUGCCCACCGAUCUGCUGCAAGUCAGUGACUCAUGGAAGAUGACCAUCAUUGACUGUGAGCUGAAAACACUCAACAUUGACAUUGCCACUUUACAGGAGACCAGACUUAUGUUUAAUGGCAGAGAAGAAACACACCUUCUGGCAAGGAGGCCUCAGAAGAACCACAAAUUCAAGCUAUAAGCAUUGCUGUAAGAAACUCACUUUUGUCUAUGAUAGAAUUGCCGACUGAGGGCUUCCUCUCUGUCUCUCAACUACCCUGGUCCAGUUAACUUCUCGAGCAUUUACGCUUCCACUAUAUACUCUGAUAUACAUAUCAAGGACCAGUUCUAUGAGGCACUAGACCAAGCUGCCAGGCAGGUCCCAGCCUAAGAGAUUUUAGGGAGAUUGCUGGGAGAUUUUAAUGCCAGAAUUGGAAACGAAGGUCACACACGGGACAACUGCAUAGGCCACUUUGGUAUUGGCAGCAUGAAUGUGAAUUGAGAAAGGCUGCUUGAGCCGUGCUCAUAUCAUAGCCUCUGCUUCACGAACACAUUCUUCUCUACCAAGGCAAAACAGUGAGCAUCCUGGAAGAAGAAGAGGAGGAGGAGUUUGGAUUUGAUAUUCCGCUUUAUCACUACCCGAAGGAGUCUCAAAGUAGCUAAUAUUCUCCUUUCCCUUCCUCCCCCACAACAAACACUCUGUGAGGUGAGUGGGGCUGAGAGACUUCAGAGAUGUGUGACUAGCCCAAGGUCACCCAGCAGCUGCAUGUGGAGGAGCGGAGACGCGAACCCGGUUCACCAGAUUACAAGUCUAUCGCUCUUAACCGCUACACCACACUGGCUCUCUGGAGACCUCCAAGGUCAGGCCACUGCCACCAGCUGGACUUGAUUGUCACCAGGCAAUUGACACUAAGCUUUUUUGGUGUCACAUGGAGCUACCAGAAUGUCAACAGUGACACGGAUUCACUCCCUGGUGGCAAGAAGAUUCUUAUUCAGCCAAAGAGGACCUAUACUGCAUUGCCAGAACAGUCAUACCCAAACUUUGUGAGUGAGUGCUGCUCUGCUUCUGUUGAACAAGCACUACUGAACUACUCUAGAGAUAGCAUUGAUGUAAGGUGGAACCACAUCAAAGAGGCAACCUACAGCACAACUGUGUCCUCUUGGCAAAAGAGAGCAGCAGAUCCCUGACUGCUUUGAGGCUGGCAUUAAGGACAUGGAGCCUGUUAUUGCUGCAAAGCACGAGGCUCUUGUGAGCUACAAGCAUGCGCCCUGCAAGAAGAUGCUUGCUGCACUGAGAAAGGCAAGGAGCAAUGUCCAGUAAUUUGCCAGAUAGUUUGCCAGUGACUGUUGGCUAAAGCUGUGUCAGAGCAUUCAACUUGCUGCUGACAGCGGCAAUACUCACAAAAUGUACAAAGGUAUGAAGAAAGCCUUUGGACCAACAUUCAGAAAAAAACUGUACCAUUGAAAACCUUGUUGGGAGAGAUCAUCACAGACCGCAGCAAGCAGAUGAAGUGAUGGGCAGAGCACUACCAAGAGCUGGGAAAACAUGGUCUCUGACAUCGUAAUAGACAGUAUCCAAUCUCUGCCUGUCUUGGAAGAGCUGGGUGCCCCUCCUUCAAUGAGCUGAAGAAUGCCAUCAACUCUCUGGCAUGUGGGAAAGUCCCAGGACAGGACGGAAUCCCAGCAGAACUGCUGAAAGCCAUCUUCUCUCAUGAUACACCUCUACGGUCUUCUCUUGCAAUGUUAGGAAUUAGGCUCCGUGCCACAAAACAUGCACGACUCCAGCAUUGUGACCUUCUACAAGAACAAAGGUGACUACCAUGACUGCAACAACUAUUAUGGAAUAUCCCUGCUGAGUACUGUGAAGACAGCCUUCUUCACAGUACUCAGCAGUACCAUGUAGUACUCAACAGAUUACAGCCACUUGCUGACAAGGUCUAUCUUGAGUCACAAUGUGGCUUUCGAUCUCAGAGGUCGAGUCAACUUGAUUCUGCAGGAGAAAUUCAGAGUGCAGAGGAGUACUGGGUGUAAGGCAGCCCCUCCAGCAAUGUGGUGAGGCACCAAGAUGGAUUAUUGCCAGCUUCCUAGAGGUUAGGUACUAGCUGUAUACGGGUUUUAUGGGUAAUUCUCUAUUGCUCACUGAAAUAGAGUUAAAGGUUUUUUUGUUCCCCUCCAGAAUUGAGCAGAACAUGUGCUAGCAAAAUGACCUUCAGAGGUGCUUGUGAUGUAUGACUCCCUCUACAGUGGAGUACCUGUGAUUUGAUUCCCCUCCUGUCCUGUAACAGUGUCUCUAAGUAGUAUAGCACUUUGUUUCCCUUCUUAUGAUUGCAUGAUGUGAAUGUGCUUGAGAUAAGCCAACCAGAUGCUUUGGACUACAACUCCCAUCAGCCCUAGGUAGCAAGGCCAUGCUGAUUGAAGUUGUUUUCCAAAAGGUAUCAGGUUGGAAAGGCUGGUUUUGAGAUGAAUUUUCAGAUAUCUUGCAGUAAGUCUACAACUUACACGGAGGUUACGUUCCCAGGAUCAUGGCUGAAGCAAAAAUCACAUAUAGUCAAAACGUAUUAGGUUCAGUGGCGGGUGGGAUUGCCAAAGUCUUUUUACUUGCCUCGUUUCCACCGCUUUUACUAUUUUUUUUGCCAAGUCUGUAGAGCUGAAUGUGCACAAGUUAAAUGCAUGUAAGUUGCAGGGUUAUUGUAGUUGCAGCAAGCCGUGCCCAGGUGUCCUUUUCCUGUCCCCUUAAGGGCUUGAGGGACUCUCAGCAGAGCUCUCUGGAGGCUCUCAAAAGCCAGUUCUGCUAGAUAACUAAAUUUACGGUACUUUGGGGCUGAAAUUGAGAAAUUCUCCAUUGCCUUUGUAGGCCUUUGUUUCCAUAUUUUGUACCCAGCUUCUUAUAGGGCAAAUUCAGCUCUUCAGAGCACUGGCUAAUCUGAGAAUAAUAGGUCACUAAACUUUAUGGGCCUGGGGAAGAGGAAGAGAAGGACGUCUAAAACCUGUCUCUGGCAAUUUGCUAGUAUAUGGCCAUUUAAUCUGUAAUAGAUUUACAUGCUGCGAAGAUGUAACUGGAUGAUUGAGAUGUGAAAUGAAUGAGUUUAAUCCCCCGAAUAGCAUGAUGGCGUGCCUCUUAAUUUUGCCCCAAGUUUAAGUAAUAAGAAUGUAACUUAAAAUAUCAUUAUUAGUGACUUAUGUAUCUCAUUAGAAUUUGAAAUGUUGUCAGUAUUUUCUGCAGUGGCUGGAGAGAGGUUAUCACUCUUGAAAUAUUGAACCAAUGACCUUAGUGAUUCACUUAUGAUGAAAGGCCCAAUCUAACAUUUUAUUGAACAUGAUAUUUGUGAAAAAUGGAACUGCUCAUUUCUAUUACUUAAUCAAUAGCACAUUAAGCCAUUUAUCACUAAUUUGAUUAAAGAAGGUCAUUGCCGAGCUCGAAAUUCCACUCCCUUCUCAUCUACUUUAAUUCUAAUAACCAAGAGAGUGGAAAGAGACAGCAGUUGCUCAGGAAGGAUGACUCCUUCACCGGGCAAUGUGUUCUCAGGAGCCAGGCAGGUCUGUCCAAUUCCUUUGUCAUUGAACCAAGACAUAUGAAUAAGAAACAGAAGAAAUCUCUCAAUUCCUGUUUGUCACCAGAAAUGGCUCAAAUCCCACUUUAUGUAUUAAAAACUGCAGUUUUUUGCUGAUACGCUGUGUUGUUCAUAAGCGAGAGGAUUAGCCUUAUAUGUGAAGCACCCUGACCUUCUGUUUCCGAGCUAAACAGCUCUGCAUUGAUCAAAAGGAGCAGGCAGAAGGCCUUUGGAAGUAUAUUGUUAGAAUGCAUUUGUGUGUGGAAAAAAGAUCUGCCCCCAUCUUUGGAAGUUAAUCAUUCAACCUCGUAAGCCUCUCUUUUGCUCCUGUACCUCCAUGUGGGUAAUCAUGGUGAAUUUCAAGGAAUUUGGCUUGUUUGUUUGUAACAAAUAGGCAUUCUUUUUAGUUCUAGAGUUUGCACCCUUGCCUUCACCUUGAAGGCUAGCAAAUGUGCUUCUGCUGAGUUUCUCCCAUUCCCAUAGCGCCUUAGAUGUUACUGUUGUUGCAACUCCAGUUGAAGUGUCCAAUGCAGUGCCUUCACCAAGGAAUCAGUGUCACUUUACUUGGCCUGAUAAUGUAUGCAGCAUUCUUGCAAUGACUGGCUUCCUGCUCUCUUGUUCCCUGCCCAUCCUGGCUAGUAAAAGCCUGUCAAGGAAGGGUUGACCAGAUGGGCCCAGGGUAUGGUGAAGGCUUAUUGACAUGAGGGUGUGGUGCCACUCACCUUAAGCAGGCGGUGGGUGGUGCGCCCGCUUCUGAAGAAACCCACCCUGGAUCCUGUGGUUUAUAACAAUUACUACCCAGAAAAAAUACCCCUUUCUUGGGUAAGGUGCUGGCCAAGCAGCGAGUUCCUGCAGGAAUUACCAUAUUUUUCCAUGUAUAAGACGACCCCUAUUUUUUUAAACUCAAAAUUAAGAAAUUAAGUUGUUUAGCUCUUUUGGGGAGUGGGGGAGGUCACUUCCGCCAAUCACUCACCCGCCUGCCUGCCACUGCUGAUCGCUUGCCACAGCCACACUGCUGAUCACACACCUCACCACAGCUGCCAAUUGCCCGUUUGCUGCCACCAACAGCCCACUUGCCGCAGCCGCCAAUCACCUGCCCACCUCGCCACAGCCUCCAAUCGCCUGCCCAGUUGCCACAGCCGAUCACCUUGCCGCAGUCACCAGUUAGCCGCCCAAUCGCCGCUGCUAAUCUCCUGCUUGCUGCUGCCAUUAAUUGCACAUCUUCUCUCUGCAUUCACUAUCCGUGUAUAAGACGACACCCAAUUUUUGUCUAAUUUAUUUAUAGCAAAUACCAUCGUCUUACACACGGAAAAAAACGGUACCUGAAUCCACUUCAUUCUGCAUUCAGGUGCUGUUUUGGAAUUGAACCAGCCUUGGUCACCUGGAUGGAUAACCUGUAUAGAGAGUGGGACAGGGGGAAUGCAUUUUUGCUUCUGCUUCUUUGUCUCUCUCCACGGGUUUUGAUACUAGACCAAGGCAUCCUGCUGGACUGGCUCUGUGGGAUGAGUAUCAGGGGACACUGUUUUACACUGGUUCCACUCCUACCUAGAGGGUCUUUUCCAGAGAGUAGCACUGAGAGACCGUGUUUCAGCUCCACAGUCUUCAUGCUGUGAUGCACUACAAGGCACAAUCUUGUCCCCGUGUCCCCAAUGCUGUUUUACAUUUAUAUUUUUUUUAAAUAAUAUUUAUUACUUUUCCAAAAAUUUAAACACUAAAAAAAAAUACAAUGCAAUACAUUACAAUGCAAUACAUUAAAACAAAAACAAUAAAUCAAACAAUUUCAUUAUCCCAUCUUUCAUUCACUUAUUUCCACGACCUCCUCACACCUCCCUUUUUGUAUUCCACUUCUGUUCAUUAUUUCAGCAAUUCCUUUCCAUCUUCCUCUGUUUUCUCUCCUAUAAUUAUCUUAACUCAUUCUAACCUUGGUUUUUUUCUGUUUUACAUUUAUAUGAAGCCUCUUGGGUGCAGCCAUUGGGAGUUUUGGAGCUGACUCUUAGUUGCCACAGGCAAAAGACUGUUCACAAGCAUGUCUCAAGCAGGGCCCUUACCCCUCCAGUGUCCCCUUCUGUGGCACAAGGGCCAUAAAGGUUAUGAGGCCCCUGAACCAGCACAACUUCUGAAUCUUCAUUGCCACUUGGAACAAAAUCUUUGUUAAUUAUAGCCUGCUUUUUUAGAACAAGGUGCAUGCAAAAUGGCUUGCAAAGAUAUAAAACCAGUUUUAAAUUAUAAACUAGAAUAAAACAAAAGAACACCAUUAUAGUAGCACAAUUAUUUUAGAUUUUAUGUUUCCUGGGGCAGAGGCCUGUUGUCUUGUGCUUUGUAAAGCCCCGUACAUGCUGAUGGCACUUUUAUCCAGAGUACUGGCUGGCUGAGCUUCCAGGAGGCUGUUGUAAGGAAUACUGAGAUAAUUGUGAGUGCUUUGAAUGCUCGAACUGUGCUACAUAAAUUAUGAUUAUUAAUGCCCCAGACUGGUGGUUUCUUGCACCAUGCCAAGAGAAGUGGUCCUAGCAAAUCACAGCUUCAUUAUGCUUCCCGAUCUGCAGAACAGAACGCGCCGGAGUGCGUCUGAUGGGUUCCCGUUUCUGGGCAGAUUUUUGAGAUGAUAGCGGCUUAACUGCAUUGAUUGUUCUAUAAUUGGAUUUCUUUUCUUCUCACAGGCCUCUCAGGAAGAGCUGAAAGCCGCCUACCGUAGGCUGUGUAUGCUGUACCAUCCUGACAAGCACAGGGACCCAGAGCUCAAGAGGCAGGCCGAGCAGCUCUUCAACCUUCUCCAUCAGGCUUAUGAAGGUCAGUGGAUGCCAGAGAUUCACAGCCAUCCUCGGCUCAGCAGCUGCCAAUGGAUUUUCUAGCUUGGAAUCCAGACAGCGAGUCUUUUUGCUGUUAAAGGCAGUAGCUGGUUUUUGCCGUUUUCAUAUGAGAGAAUCAAUACCUGGACGAUCAGUUUUUGACAAAUGAGUCAUUGGAAGGGCUGUAGCUCAGUGGUAGAGCAUCUACUACAUGUGGAGGGUCUCAGGUUUGGUUCCUGGCAUCUCCAGGUUGGGCUGGGAGAGAAACCUGCCUGAAACCCCAGAGAGCUGCUGCCAGUCAGUGCAGCCCAUACUGAGCUAGAUGAAGCAUUGGCCUGAUUCAGUAUGUUCCUAUGAGUGAACAUAUAUGUGGUUUUGGGGGGUCCCAAGAUAUACACUAACAAGCCAAUAAAGAUUCUGACCACGGAGUCUCAUUCUAUGAGUAUGACAUGGAAGGGUUUUGAAGUGACCACCUCUUAAUGCCAGCAAGCCAAUCCUCUUUUCUAGUAGCAAACUAGACUAGAAAGCUAGGAGUAAGACUGAUGAAUCAUGCUUCUCUAGGCAACUUCCAGUCUAACCUCUCUGUGCAGCAGCCGACACCAGAUUUUCGCUUUCAGCUUGGUAGGGCCAUGCAGUGCUUGAACAGAGAUGCUGCUAACUUCCACAGUCAGUUGCCUUCCUCAUACCACUCAUCAAUUCAGCAGCUCUGAGGCUUCCAUAUGUAGGAUCAGAGAUCCUCUGCAGCACAUGAGCCAGCAUUUGGUCAUUAUGGGACAGAAUCUCAACACACGUGGUUGGUAGGAGGCAGGCUGUGUCAGAAUGCCUGCAUCAAGUUGGUGGAGGACUUUUUGUUCUGUGGGCCAGGGAGCAGCAUCUCCCAUGAGAUCUUCAGCUGAAUCUCAAGAGCGUGGAGUAAGCAGGGUGAGGAAACACCAACUUUCCCCACAGGUCUUUCAUCCUUGUUCCCUUGCUAUAUGGGCAACUCCCCAUUUGCACAGGGGUUUUAUUCCAGGUCUUUGCGCAUGUUGGUGGAGCAUGCAUAAGCCCUCCCCCUUCAAGGGCCAGAAAAAGCAUGUACAUUGGUUGUCACGUGCCAGUCGAACACACACAAAAUGGUUGCUGCCUGUACUAAUCCCUCUGUUGCUUGACAGAUUCCUAGGGACACCACCCUUCAAAUCAUGUGGUUUUCUCUUGACCACCCCAGAACUGUGUGUUUAUGCACCAAAAGUAUAUCUCCCUGGUCCAAGGGAGGCUUCAUGUCCCAAGCCCCCUUCUGAGGUCCUGGGAUAGUUUUUAUAAAGCCGAAAGCACUGUUUAAAGAUUAUAACCCUGGACGAGUAUAGUCCAAAGACAGUUACAGUGGUACCUCGGGUUAAGUACUUAAUUCAUUCCGGAGGUCUGUUCUUAACCUGAAACUGUUCUUAACCUGAAGCACCACUUUAGCUAAUGGGUCCUCCUGCUACUGCCAUGCCGCCGGAGCAUGAUUUCUGUUCUCAUCCUGAAGUAAAGUUCUUAACCUGAGGUACUAUUUCUGGGUUAGCGGAGUCUGUAACCUGAAGCAUAUGUAACCUGAAGCGUAUGUAACCCAAGGUACCACUGUAUAUUUAUGUAUUCUUCGGCACCCCACCUUCCUUCCAGCAGCUUGGUGCAGAGAACAUAAAUGUCAUACUAUAGAGCUAUUGCAAGGUUAAAGUCCAGUGCUUUCGUCAGCUGCACCACACUGGUUUUCUUGUUACACCCUUACAUGUCUUGGCACCAAUUGGAGAUCAGUGCAAUAGGUGCUGAUGGCAGCCUUGCGUGGGCAAGCAGACUCUAGUCCACAAAAGCUGGUGCCUCAGUGGAUCUCUUUAAGUCUUUAAGGUGCUGCAGAAUUCAUGUUUGUGUUAACUGUAACAGGACUAGCUCAUCUGCUCUUCUGGGAUUUCCUGCAAGCCACGGGCAGGGAGGCUCUGGUCCGUAAAUCGAACAUGGUCCAUGAGGUUGUUCUGGCUGAAUGACCGCCACCUGCCCUAAACUUGGCAACCUAUGUGAUUUCUGACAGGUGGACCAGAAAGGGGAUUGCAGGCACUUCCUGUUAGCAGCACCCACUAUCACACACAGUGCUUUGCAGGCUCUGGCGAUCUGCUCAUGGUCAGGUCUUGCAGAGUGCAGUGGUUUGAUUUCAAACCACAUGAGCUAAAAUGGGCCACCUGAUGUCAUGCCAGUGGUUGCCAACUGGGUGACCACACCCUCCUGCUGAAGUGUGGUCUGGAAGGGGAUAGGGGAAAUAAUGCUCUGGUCCCCUGUUCAGAUCCAAUUCCACACCCCUGUUGUAAGCAGUCAGCCGAGCAUGCCCAGCAAGGAUCUUGGAACCCUUUGCAAGGUGAGAUCUUUCUGUUAGACAGGCAGCAGAACUGAGGUUGGGGGAGGCCUCCGAGGUUACCCAGAUUUCCACUUAGUGUUAGAACAUAGUCUGCCCACCCCACUGACUCUCUGUUAUGUGUAACUGCAGCCACAUCCUUCUUUCCUUAUCUAGAGCUGCCUUGUGAGUACCAGAUUCCUUGGUGAGCUUUUUUGGUGGCAGAUGCAGGGAUGAUGUGUAAUUGCAGAAUAGGGGCAUUGGGUUUUUUUUAUAUAGUUUUUGUUUCUUAUUUUGCUCGGCACAAAAAAUAGACAGAAGUUCAUGAUGUGGAAAGGAAAUGUAAAAAAAAUCCAACUGUGUCAGCACUGAAAUAGUCAUCUGAAGCAGUCAUAACUGUAAGUGCUUCUCAUCAGGCUGGUUUUGCUUCCCAUGAAGGAUUACAGGGGAGAUGAGAAUUUCUUCCACCAGCGAAAGUAUGGGCUAUAAUUCACUCGAGAUGCUGUUUGCUAUGCUUGGCAUGCAAUUCCCCUAUAAUUAGACUUAACUAAGUAUAGAAGAAGAUGUUCCUCUCCGAAAUAAAGACUUUCCCCAAUCUGCUGUAAAAGCUUAUCUCUUAUCUCAGUUUGCCGGGGGUGGGGGUUGUUGCCAAAAAAAUUAGAUGUUAAUAGCCAUCAGGAAACUCUGGAAUGUGUUGGGUGAUAAAUCUGCAUAGUCAAGAUAAUGCAAUCUCUCCAGAUUCUCAGCUCUGCAGUCACAGGCAGAUGGGCUGUGUGUGUUUCCGCUCCGUCUUUCAUCGAAACUGUUGCCCUUUUGAUUAUAUUCUGUUAUCUGGGUUUGGUUGAAUGAAUCUUGCAUGCGUCUGAAUUAUUGAUAGUUUGUUUGCAGCAUUUUUUGAAAUUUGGGGAGAAGUAACUGAAACUUAAGUGAAUUAGGAGCUUGCAGGAUUCUACCCCCACCCCAGUAGAAAAACUGCAGCACCAGCAGUCCUCGUCGCCCAGCGGUUUGGCCCAAAGGGGAGCUAAAGUGAAAUGGUGAAUAAAUGAUUUCUUAUUAAAUCCCAGAGAUUAGCUAAAGAAAUUUGGUUCUGGUGUUUUCUGAAUGGUCAGCAUUCCUUUCCUCCCAUUAGGCUUGGACAUGGGCGGAAUCGUUUACAGCGUUCUUAAUUAGGCCUUGUGAUGCAUGGGAACACGCUUGAAGAGCGGGAGGGAAAUCCAGCAGAGACCUUGAAAUGGGUGAUGUUUUUGUAGGGGGAAAUCCUCAACCCUUAGCAUUCCAAGAGUUAUGCUUUGAAAAAUCUGUUCUAGAAAUGCGCUUGGCAUUCUCCUGCGAAGAGGUCCUGCCUCCCAGCUUGUUUUCUAGGUACAUGCAUUUAAAAAUGUAAAUCUAGGUUUGCAAAGAGGUGUGUCACAUAGGCAUAUUUGGCAGCGAGCUAGAGAUGGCCAUGUUGUCUUUGUGGAAUGUGUGCUUGGUGGCUUGGUUUUAGGUUUCCUGAAAAUGUAUUUGGAAGGUGCUGGAGAGUAUGUAUACGUGUGUGCGUGUGCAUGUACUUCUGUCUGAACUCUGCUUUGACUGCUGCAUGCUCUGAACAUGUUUUGGUUUUGAUUUUCAGUGCUCAGUGACCCACAGACGAGAGCCAUCUAUGACAUAUAUGGAAAGAGAGGCCUCGAAAUGGAAGGAUGGGAGGUAAGACCAUUGCAGCCAGAUAGGACCUGCAAGUUGUUCAGUCUCGGAAUCCUCCCAGCCACUUUCAUUGGUGUUGUCUGGGCUAUACAUGACAAACUGCAGGUGCAUGCAAAGACUCCUGUGCCCAUAUUACUCGGGACAAGCUCAGGCUUUCACCUCUGACAGUUGAUGACCCUCUCUAUCCAGUGGAUAAUCCUUUCCUGCUCUCCAGCUUGGACAUCAAGCUGAUCCAACAUUAACUGAGAAGUGACUUUUGAGUUUCUUCAAUGUGGCAGUGCUGUGGUGUUUAAACAACAGAAGAAAUCAAAACCCGCCACUGCUUAAUCGAUCAUUCUUUCCCUCUGCCCCAUUGAGUGUGUUGAAGCAAUGUUUGUUUUAGCCUUGGUUUCGGGGUACAGUCACUCUAAGCCUGGUAAUACGGUGCUGUUGAUAGAGAGGCUCCCAACUCCCUGAAGAGGAGCUUGGCCACAGAGAGUGCAUCAAUCCUACCACACCCUCAUUUAUCGUAGGAAAUUGGCCAUUGGUUAGGAGUGCAAAGAGGCAACUUUACACACCUACGUGCAAACGCAUCCUAAACAGCCCAUAUUCCCUCAGCUGUGUGAUGGAAAAUGGAUACAAAACCAAGCAUUUUAAGAAACUGGAAGCGUGGUUAAAGGCAGAGUUGGAUGCUUGGGUUCUCAUUCAUCAGGGUCGUAGCCUAAGAUCUAAUGGUGAUAAGAACAUCUGUUGACUUCACUACCUUCAUUGUUAGGUACACAAAGUGCACCCCCUCUCCAUAUUCACUCAGAGAUGUUAUACUGUACAGGAAUAGUUCUCCAUAGAUAAAAACAAGCUUCAUCGCAUGACUCAUACUCUGAUGCCAAACCUAACCAGCAGAGCUUGUUUUAUGGAGCCACCAUCAAGGCUGGUUCUGUGUUCCUGCAGCUGCAGGAUGAAUUGUUUAAUAUAGAUCCUGCCCUACUUCAGUAAUAGCUUUCACUCUGGGGAGUCAGUUGGUGUUACUUUUUAAAACAUCUACCAAUAUUCUCCAUGGGGAAGGAACGGAGCUCAGGGGUAGAGAAUCUGCCUUGCAUGCAGAAGGGCCCAGGUUCAAUCCCUGGCAUCUCCAGAUAGGGUUGGGAGAGACUGCUGCCUGAAACUUUGGAGAACCGCUGCCAAUUGGUGUAGACAAUACUGUGCUAGGUGGACCAGUGAUCUGAUUCAGUAUAAGGCAGCUUCCUGUACUCCUGUGCUCAGAGCCCUCAAGCUUUCUUGCCUUUUGCUUCUUUCCUGUCAAUGUUGGUAUAGUUGCUGGUGAAAGGGAAGUAGUGAGGAAGGGGUCUACGUGGAGCAGCACCAGGGCUGUGUGUGAGGGGCCUGGGGUGGUAAUCUUCUCUAUUAUGGCUUAUUUGUUAUGCAGUGCAAAUUCUUAGCCACUCACUCUUGAUCCCCCUGCCUUCAAGAGCAUUUGGGCUGGUACCUUCAGGAGCAUUUGGGCUGGUUAUUAUGGACUGAGUUCCUGAAAUUGCUAAGUGUUGUACAGAAUUUGAAAGUUAACUAUUUAAAAUUAGCAGCUUUGGGGGAGGAAAGGGAGGGAGCAUCAAUCAGGGAGAGAGAAAAGGGCACAGGGGGAGUUGAGAGUGCUGUUUUAGUCUGGAGAAGAAGUUUGGGCCCUGUAUAGCAAAUGCCCCAGAGAGGAACCAACAGAGAGAGAAGGUUGCUCUAGAUGAGCAUUGGAUGUGGAGACACUGGAAAGUACAUACAGUACAAGGAGCUUAAAGUGGAGGCGUGAAGAGAGGGGAAUGUAGUUGCUGGAACAAAACUUGGGUGGCGAUACCAUCUAAACAAUGAGCAGGAAAUGUCAUGAGAACCUAAGAAGAGCCUUGCUGCUGAAUAAGGCCAAGGGCCCAUCUAGUCCUUAUCCUCCACAGAUUUGUCUAACCCCCUUUUAAGAGCAUCCAUGUUUGCGGCUAUCACUGCAUCUUGUGGGAGCAAAUUCUGGAUCUUAUUAUUUCCAUAGAAUUCUAUUUAUCCUUCCAUUUUAUUUGAAGCAUUUGCAAUCUACCCUUCACCUCGAGUUCCCAGAAUAGAGAAUACAUAUGCAUGGGGGGGGAAAUUGCAACAAUAAUACACCAAAAAGAAUGCUACACUGAUAAUAUGAUUUAUCAUAAAAUGACAGAACAGUAGCAGCAGCAAAAAUAGUCACACUCAGAAUACUGGAAGUGUUUCUUAAAUAUUGCGUGUAACAGUUUCAAAGCUUUGUUAAGUUGUCUUUACAUUUCCUCACCCUUUAAAAACUUGCAGUUAUAAUCUGGCAUUUUUCCCUCGCUAGUUCUCAGUAGCAUACUAACAGCCCCCGCUCCCAGUCUGCUGCCGUUUAGAUUGUAAGCUAGUGGACAGACUUGAAUCUAUGCCUAGCUGCUGAGGCAGUAAACAAUGGUGAUGAAAGACAAAGGAUGUGGCCCCGGGUUUGUGUGCAGAUAACCCAGGUUGUGUCUGUUCGGCUUACAGCAAACCUCCCUCCCAGGCUUGCUUAGCUCACAUAGUGUCUGAGAGGUGAAAAAACCACUUUUGGAGAACGGACCCAGAUACAACAUGUAACAAAUAAGAACAAAUCGAAAGCCUGUUUUUAAAAAGUAUCCAGUAAAACCACUGCAUUGAACACGGAAGACGGAUCAAGCUCUUGCUGGCCUCAUUGGGAUGCCAAGGGGCAGGUGUUCUUGACCUUGCAGUUAGCCCUGUCAGAUGUGUUUGGAAUGCGCAACUUGCUCUAUAAUCUGAUGUCUAGAAAUUGAGUGAAUGGAGACCCUUGGAGCCAUUUUUUUGCUUCCUCCUGCCACAAGGAAUGUCAGAGAUAAAGUAAUUUAAAGUCAUUAAUUCAGGUUUGCAGAGGUUAAGCGGUUCGGAUUCUCCACAACAAAUCUCACCCCUUCUGGCCUUGCCAGACUCAGCUGAUUUAAUCCCCUCGUUUCCAUCAAAUAGUUUUAGAACCUGGUAUUGGGGGGGUAGGGAGAAUGGAUGUGAUUUCUUCCCCAAACUCAGGCCUCUUAAAGUUUCUGCUACAACCUGUCUUCAGAGUUGGUGGCCUCUGCAGCCAAGGAAAUGUUUCUGUUCCGGGGGAAAUUACAUUUCCAUGGCACUCAGAAUGCAGCUCCUUCCUUAGGAAAGGCAGAUCUCCACCUGUCAAAUAAAACUGUUGUGGCCUUGGUUGCUGUCUUAAGAAACAGCUAGGCUAGGCAGUCUUAUAGGUACAUGUUUGGAGAGUUACUCUUGUGUAGUGACUAAGGGUUGUAUCCAACCAAAUUCUACUCAGAGUAGGGCAUUGAAAUUAAAGGACCUAAGCUUAGUUGUAUGCAAUGGGCCUUCUCUGUGUAGGGCUAGCCUUGGAUACAACCCAAAGACUGAGCCCAGAAGUCACGGCUUCAAAUGUAACCUUUGCCAUGAACUCACUUGGUCCUUUUAGGCAAGCGCCACCACCACCAGCAGAUGCAGGCAUGCCACAUCUGCAAUAUGGGGGAAGAUAGUAUUGAUGUCACUUGUGGGGUUGCACAGAUUUCUGAGAAAAUGUAGAUGAAGCACUUUGAACAUUGGAAACUGCCUUAGACAGUAUGCAUAUGUAGCUCAGUAUUGUCUACACCAACUGGCAGCAGCUCUCCAGAGUUUCAGGCAGGGUUUUUUCCCCAGCCCUACCUGGAGAUCCCAAGGGUUAAACCUGGUACAUUCUGCAUGCAAAGCAGGUGCUCUGCCACUGAGUUAUGAUACUUUCCUCUUUAAAAUACUCUAAAAAGUGAGGCUUGUUAUCACAAGGGCAAAAACCCCAGUGCCUGUGAAUUGGCCUUGUGCUGCUGGCCUUAGAUUCACUUACAUUUAUACCCUACCUUCCUUCCAUGCUAGAACAUAGGGUGGUGCAUUUGGGGACAUGUGGCGGUUUCCCAUACAGGAACUGAUUGGAUCCAGACUGAUUGAGCUUCAGCAAAGCAACCUCAUGUUUGAAUGCACUCGUGUGCUCCCAUUAUUGUAAUUUGUGCCUGCUUUGCCAUUUAUGGCCUGAAAGACAAAAAAAAAGUUGCUGGUGUAAGAUGGAUUCUCAGGAAACUAAAGAACCUCAACUUACUGCUUGCAAUUCAUUUAUCUGGGUGCUGGCAUAUCCUGCACUGAGCAGUUGUCUCUCUUUGGAAUGGUGCUCCUUGUUUUGUUAUAUUAUCCUGGUACACUGUCAGUUCAGUGGACGUCAUGUUUUGUGUGGGCUCCCUACUAGGGUUGCCAGGGUCUCAUAUUGCGUGCAUUUGUUUUUACGAAGCUGGGCGCCAGGAGUGUAACUGGUAACUCUAAAUAAAACAAUAAAAGCUCUGUGCUUUUGUCUAGGAGGGAACGACACAGAAAGAGAGAGAAUGUUGCAGCGUGAAGAAAGGAAACAGAAAGCCCUUCCGAGCCUGCCUGUCUAUAGAGAAUUAAAAGCCCUCGAGCGUUUCCAGUUGCAUCUCUGAUUAAACGCCCCACAGUUGUUUGUUUGUUUGCUGGCUGUCCUGCUGCCAAAUAACCUCUAAAUGCUUGAUUCCUUCUCCCGCAGGUGGUGGAAAGGAGGAGGACGCCUGCUGAGAUCAGGGAGGAAUUUGAGCGUUUGCAGAGAGAGAGGGAAGAGAGGAGGCUUCAGCAGCGGACUAACCCCAAGGUAAAAGGCUAGAGUGCCCUCUUGGCCUGGAGGAAGUGUUCCUGAGAUAGCAGGUGCUGGGACUGUGUGUGUGUGUGUGUGUGUGUGUGUGUGUGUGUGUCUAGGUUGAUGUUGUGGUCAUAGUUAUGAUACUUCCUUAAUGGAGAAAUGCAUGAAAGGUGAGAUGAGGCUUCCAGAAGGGCACACACUUGGUCCUGGAGAAGCUCAACCAUCAUGAUGUGAAUGCUGCCUCCUGACUCUGCAACGCGGUCUUCAUAUUCCUCCCCAAGUAGCACCACAUGCCUGCUCUCUAGUAAGUGUCCAGAAGCAAAGGAAAACAACAGAAGGGAGGCUUGGGUGCACCAAGGUUUAAAUGUGAGUAAGCCAAUGCAUUUUUGGUUGGGAAUAAGGAUGAAGCAGUUAGGCCAAAAGAAAAAAGGUUAAGUUACAGACAACGUCUCAAGACUGUGAGAUGGGGAUCACACCAUGCAGUUAGGUGUUGAGGGGCGGAGGUCCAAGCAUAGGAGCCAGAACUGUAUGAAGAGGGGCAGAUCUGGAAGCAUAGAGGCCACAGUCAGGAAUGGUUGGGCAUUAAGGUUGGAGUACAGAAUUAUGCACGUGCAUUGAGAGCUUUUGAGUGAAACCUCACGGUUCUUGGAUCAGCAUUCUGCACUGCCUGCUGCUCUGCGGUAGCGUUGCAGCCCAGGAUGCCCCCCAAGUCGAGCUGGGAGGCGUCAAAGCAGGAGAAGUACCCAGCCGUGCCAGGUCACAGGAACCUUCCAGCAGCAACUCAAAAUUUCAAAACAAGUGCAGAAACUUUGGAAUCUCUCCAGAGGCACAGUGAGGGCCCGUUUUCGAAAUAACUUAAUCAUGCUCUCAGGCAAACAGCCGUCAUCGAUGAAGCUGCUCCCAGCUCAAGAACCAAUAAACCCAGGCACUUUCGUGUUUCAGGCUUGUGUAUUUUAAAGCUGUCAAAAUGUCAGCCAGAAGCAGCAAUGCAGGGUGACCCUUUCCCAGGUGUGCCAUGGAUUUGUGUAGGUGCAGUGUUGGUUUGUAAAACUCCUACUUACAGCCAUCUGCCAAUCUUCUCGCUCUUCCCUCUGCCCCAGGCCAAAUGCAGCCCCUAGUCACAUGCUGCAGAGCUGCGGUUGCAUCCCUUGGGCCAGUGCACCCAGUCUCUUGGCAUACUGGCUUAACUGGGUCUUGUAUGGCACCUAGCUUGGUGACGGAGGACCUGCUUUCUAUGCCAAAGGCCCCAAAUUCAUUCCCUAGCAUCUUCAGCAGAACACACCAGACCUCUGGAGGGCUGCUGCGAAUUAGAAUAGACAGUAGUGGAGUGUGUGGUACAGAGCUGGGGCUUGCAUCCCCAUCACCCCAGUCCUUGUGGUAUGUAGGGUCAUGGUUGGAACUACUGAGACAGCGGGGGGCAUGCAGCUUUUAGUUCAGGACUUCAAAGUUCAGUAGCAUGAGCUGGAUCGUGGCACGCAGCAGGCAUGAAGAAACUCCUAUGUUGGUCAAGGAAGAGCAGAGAGUCAGGCUCCCAGGCCCACAAUGGUUCACUGAGCCAGAUCUAUGUCCUUGUUUCAAGGCCCAGAUUCCUUGAUCUAGCCUCCCAGCUGUGUUCGCAAUUAGUUGCAGCAUCUAGGUGCACUAAUGUGUCUUGAAGCGCUCCAGCAUUAAGACUCAAAUCGGUGCCAAACAUCUCUAACCUUCUAAAGCCCCUGAGCUGAGCUUUACCUUGAGCCUCCUUGGAUCAAGAUGGCUACAGAUCAGUAACUGCCUGGCUUUUUAAACGAUUGUCACAUGUUUUGGACAGUGGCCUGGUGCAAAGAUUCCUGAGCUUUCUCAGGCGGGUGAAGUCAGUCUGGGCUGAUGAACACAGCAGCAUUUCCUCUCUUCAAAGUCUUCUCUCAAACUAUGGAAUGUAUUUUUAUAUUCAUAUUUGGUCGUAUCUUCAAGUCGGAGCAUUGUACAGCAUCCUAAAAGAUAGCAGUUGUAUAAAAUGCCAAAUAUAUUGCAGAUAUAAACACGCAGCUGAAAUAACACAACACCAAUGCGGAUUCCCUGCGGCUAAAAGCUUGCCCAAAUAAAAAGUGUCUUUCAGAUGUGGCUUUCCUUUCCUUUUCAUUAUCUGCCCCCCUCUUCCCCCCUGAACAGCUGGUGCUUUAUAUCCAUCAUUGUCGUAAGCGUUCUGCUCUUUUAUUUUUAUUUUUUUUAACUCCAGUUGUGGUGUGGUGAAUUGGUUAUGAACUUCGUACAUCGUUUUUGUGUACACUAAAAUGAUGUGUCGGGUUGUUUUCCCUAUUAGGUAUUUAAAAGCACUUCCAAACCUGCUCCAUUGUUGCUGUCCAAUAGAAGUUUCUAUGCCUUAUCUUAGCACCCAGAACUUGCAGAGCAAAGAGGCUGUCUGGAUUCUAGGGCAGCCUAAAGGCCAUUUCCUUUUGGGCCUAAGGAAUCCGACGUCAAAACUGACAGUAGGGUGGUCAGAUCUACCCUGGGUGUGGCUGAUGGAGGUGGGACCUUUGCAGAGGAAUUCUUGCCCUACUGCUUUUGACAACUUUUCUUCAUCCUUGGCUAAGCUGGAUAUGCUUGUUCUUUUAUCUCUAGCCCCACCCCUCUUGAGUGGUACAAAUCACAUGCAGGGAGCAUUUGUUUCUGGCUGAUAUGAAUGAGCACACCUUCUCCUCUGUAAAUAGAGUAAGACAGCACUCCUUGGUUGGGAGUUGGCAUCCUUGGAAAGGUACCCUGUCCUGGGGGAGCGGUCAUAGUUCAGUGGAAGGACACAUGCUUUGGAUGCAGAAGGGCUUGGGUUAGAUGGCUCUGGGUAGCAAGUCUGGUAAAGACUCCCACUGCCUGUGCCAUGUAGCAAAGCAACCAGUCAGAGGACCAUUGUAUUUGGGUAAACUGCAAGGCAACUGCUAGUAUUGGGAUCCGCACAUGGUUUCCCUUUUCCUGGAUGAUCCCCGCCCCAAAGAACCUGAAGUGCAUUUUUGCCAGUGUCACACAUGUGCCCUUUCCCCCCUGGCAUUCUGAACCAUGGAGCAGGAAGCUGCUGGCAGUGACUCUGUGAUUUUAGACACUGCAACAUAUCCUUGUUUCUUCUUUUCCUCCUUGUGCUCUCUCUCCCUUGGGUGUUGAAGAUGGGUUAAACAUUAUUUGAACAAACAAAAAGUAACCUGUGUACUAUUGACCCCAAAUUUUGGAUUUUGUGACCCACAUAAAUCACUCCACUUAAUUUUGCAUAUUGGUUUCUGCUAGUUUGUGUGCAGAAGCAAUGAAGUCUCGGCUGGAAUCCCUGGGGACCACCUUUGGCCUCUGCCCCACUGGCUUUUGAGGUUUUAGCAGGCAGUUCUCCCUUGUUUCCCAAGCUGUCUUUGCAAUUUCCUUUUCUUACGAUACAAGCUAAGAUUCCCAGGUAGCUGAAAACUCCUUACUUUCCCACAUUUAUCAUAUUCUUAAACUCUUACGUAGAACUGUAGAAGGGUGAAAGGCCCAAGGGCAUCUAAUUCACCAGGUGGUGUGCUCCGCAAGUGUCUGGUUUUAACUCUGCAACUAAAUAGAAGGCACCUUUGAUGGGCUGCACUAGUGUAUGAGUCCCAAACCAUGUUUUGGGGUCCAGGGUUUGUAGAGAGCAAACUUACUUGUCUCAGGUUCCAAGCAGUUCCAACAAAGAAACAGCUGAGCAUUUUGUUUCCCCACCCCACCCCGCUUCCUGACUCCAAAAAUAAAACAUAUCUCAAAAUACCUUUUGUCACCUAGCCCAGCAUGGGGUAGCUGCCCUUUCAUCUUCCUGUCUGACUCGUUGCACAGUUAAGAGGUGGAUAUGAUGGUGAGUUUUCUAGGUGCUGUUCCAACUAAGAACUUGCCAUGCUCUGCUUGUGUCAUGCUGGAGGUGGGCAAGGAGAGCCCAAGGAGCCAGUACACCUCUGACCCAAAGACAUUGCCCACCUCUGACUCAGAGCAGUCCAUCUCAGAAGGCUCCAUGCAACUAAAGUCUCCCCUCUCUACUGGAGUAAAUGACCACUGGAAGAGAGAGGCUGGUGCCCUUAGAGUACCUCUAAGUCAGGCAUCCCCAAACUCAGCCCUCCAGAUGUUUUGGGACUACAACUCCCAUCAUCACUAGCUAACAGGACCAGUGGUCAGGGAUGAUGGGAAUUAUAGCCCCAAAACAUCUGGAGGGCCGAAUUUGGGGGUGCCUGCUCUAAGUGAAGGAGGAACAAAGCUGCAAGUUGAGAAUUAACUGCACCUGAAGCUCUGCUCUCAUGCAGAACUCAAGGAGCUGUCCAGGGUACCUUUUGUCUUGCGUCUGCUGAGGUCAGCAUCAGAAGGCAAGCAAACAUUUAACCAAAGCAACGGUUCAAUUCAGCCAAACCAUGGUGCUUUGGGGGCAAGCCCCAUGAACAUGCCCUUCCCCUCCCCUCCCCUCCUCCUCUUGAGUGUUCAGCUUCUGCUGCUUUCUGGUACGAUCAGACUUAGCUGCACAUUCCACCUUCACCAGCGAGCAAAAUUUGUGCUUGCCUCCUGAGCAAGGCGGCCCAGCCAGCUUCAAACCACGGUUUGCAUUCUGGUUUGGAGGACAGUUUCAAAAAAUUGUUUCAGAUGUAGCAAGAAACUGUGGUUUGAUCAAACCAGGACGUAGUUAGUAGAAGUAGAUGAAGUCUCUGUGAACCAGAGGCUUGUCCUCUUAAGACCAAGCUAUAGUUUAGCUGAUGUGGGCAAAGCUGAUAUUGACCGUCAUCAGCCUGGUGCCUUCCAGAUGGUUUUCGACUGGGAAUCCCAUCAGUUGCCACCAGCAUGAUCGUGCUUCCAUCAGCCCCAAUGGCCUACCUCAGGGCCUCCAGACCUUCCUCAAGGCCCAGGUUUAAAUAUUUUUCCCCUUCCUGUGUCCACAGCACAGCAAUGGUAAUGAGAGGCUACUCGUUCUAAGAACACAAAGGUUUAUCUAUCGACAUCUCUCUUUCUUCCAAACAACUCUUUGUUCCCUGCUCGCUCCCCGGGGAUGCAAACCGUUUUACAGUAUAUAAUUUAAUUCUUUUCUUUUAUGGCAGCCUUUCUCUCUUCUGCUCCAACAGUGUUAUCGCUGGAAAAUUAAAUUAAAACUGUUAAGGGAGCAAUCCACCAGGCUCUGCCGAGGCGCGAGAACAAUUGAAAGGAACGCAGCCGCGGAACUGCCAAGCUGGGUGGAUUCCUCCCUUUUUCUUGCAUACAGGCUCCUUUGUGAAGUUGGGGUCAGGGGUCAGGAACCAGCCAUGUACAGGUCACAUGUGUGGCUUAAUACUGUGGUUUUAUUCUUGAUGUGGGUGCUGCUAUUUCACUGUUAUCUUAACUGUAUAAUGCGAUUUGUAAUAUUUAUUUAUUUUUAUUUUGUAAACUGCUUUGAGGCCACUUCUGACAAAAAAGCGGCAUAUAAGCAUGUUAAACAGUAAUCCUCAUAAUAUAUGGGUGUGACGUGUGUGUGUUUUUGCCUUUAGUACUACGCCUGGUUAUAAAUGCUCCAAAAUGGCAUAGUACCUUACCAACUAUUUAAUGGAGACUAACCACUUGUUGUUGUUGUUGUUGUUGUUGGUGGUGGUGGUGGUGGUGGUGGUUUUGAGGGGGAAGUGGUCCCAGUGCACUCUGCCAAAUACACCUCCUCUUGGGAUAUGGGAGUUGGCCGCCUGAGGCCGUGGAGAUGAGUGGAAGCUGAAAGACAAGAGUUUGUGUGAAGGAGAGAGGGCAGGAUGAAGCAGACAGGCAGGUGCAGAGAAGUCCCAGCUUCCUUACCUCAACCAAACUUUCUACUCGCUUUCCAUGUUUCUAAAUUACAUAUUAAAAUGGACAUGAGAGGUUGGGGGGGGUCUCUUGGAAGCAACUCCUUGUGUAUUAUCCCGCUUUGCCCGAGGUCAGUUGCCUCUCCUUCACACCUACUUUGAACCCAUUUCAUGGAGAUUUGCGGGUAGGGUGGGGUGGAUAGUAGGGCAUGCAUCCUAAGCUUGAGGUUUGAUGUUGGAAAGCUCUCACGGCCCUGGUGUUCUGUGCACAAAGGCAGAGACGUUAUCCUGUCCCUGCAUUCCCAUGGUGUGAGCCCUGUAUGUCUGCAAUGGCAACAAAGAGUUCAGUGCAUUGCCAAAAGGGACCCACCUUGGUCUGUUUUGUUUUUCUUUACAGCCCUGUGCACUCUUACCUGCUCCUGCUGUCUCUUGCAUGUGUCCAUAGAAUCACAUAAUUGUAAAGUUGAAAGGAUCCCAUAAGGAUCAUCUCGUUCACCCCAUGCAGCAGUUUACACAUACAUAGGGUCAUGGCACAUGAAAACCUAGAUGUUUUGUAAUUUCCAUUAUCCCUGGGACUGGGUCAUGGGACUUUGUGGGGAGAGGACAGUCCAGGGAAGGGGGUAGGUGAGCAAGUGAGGGGCAGCACUUGUCACCCUGGACUCCUUCCCCUUGACUUCAGGAGCCUGACAUUUCCAGUGAGGAGGCGGCUGCAUUUUGCCGCGGCUGUUGAGCGAUAAAGAGGAGAGCCGCAUUGUGAGCCGAAGCCUCUGCAUCCGGUGAUAAAAAUCAGCCAUCUGGGUGUUUACAGCAAUUGCUUAUUGGCAUUCUAUGGAAAUGUCUCUCCAGGCAGCGUCCUGUGGAAUUAGGUAGCACAGCUGUGAUCGUUUCAUACAAGAACGCGAGUUAUUUUAAAAUUUCCGACGGUUUAUUAGUUCUAUAAAAUGGGCUUCAAAUAAGUAAGCAUUUCUAACCAGAAAUAGGGAGCAAUAAGCAGAUGCGGGCAGCUUGGCAGGCUGCAAGUUGUCUGGUCGUGUGUUUUUCCUUUCUUUUUCUGCUGGCUUUUUCUUUCUCUGUUUCAAGACACUGCACCGGAGGGUUGGAGGAUGUCAGUGACCUGCUGUGAGUAGAAUGGUAAUUCCAGCAUAUGAGAGGAAGGGUACUUCUGCCUCCCUUUGCAGGAGCAGGAGCAUCACAGCCAACAUCUGAGAAGGCGGGGGGCUUGCAGGCUCUCCUGUGGUUUGUGCCUGUUCUCCUUUUGGCUUGAUGACUGUAGAUGGGGGUUUCCUACAGCAGUUUUCGUGGGCCACAGGUAGUAGCCAUGUGCAGAAGUGGCACAGCUUUGCCAAGGGAUGAGCUGAGGUGCCUUUGGAGGGUCAGGCUAUGGUGGAGGAAACUAGUCGUUUUUGCACUUAUUACUUUUACCAGGCAUAGGGCAGCUCCAUUUCAGCUGGUGAAAUACCUUGAUGCCACAGGAUCUUGCACCCCUCCCCACCCCAGUACAUGGAAAUAGGAGUGUGCCAGACGUAAACCUGGAGUCCUCCUGGUGCUGUUUGGACUACAAUUCCCAUCAACCCCAGCAAGUGGUAAGGGAUUAUAGUAGCUGGACUCCAGCAACAUCUGGAGAACACCAAAGACUGCUCUGGUGGGAAUCAUAGAAUUAGAGAGUUGGAAGAGACCCAAAGGGCCGUCUAGUCCAACCUCUUGCAAUUCAGGAAUGGGUUGGAGCCGAAAGUGGGUCAGAGCCAAAGCUGCAGGUCUCUUGUCCCUUAUCUCAGUUCAAAAUAUGGUGCUUGUGAAGCACUGGCCUGGCAGCUCUUUUUAUUAGAACAUGGCCUGAAGAUCUUUGAUGAUGCAGCAGAAGCAGUGUGGAAGCCCAGCCGUUCUGAGUUUCGUCAGCAUCUAAAUGGGGAGGCACCUGGGGACCUCCUGAGGCGUUCUCAGGUGGGAGGGGGAGCACAGCAUAAAUGAAGUGCAUGAGCAAAAGAAAAGCAAAACACUGUAAUUGUUAAAUAUCUGGGAUGGGUUGCAGAUCGCCUGCCAUGCCCUCAUGAUCAAGGGAUCGUGUGGCCACUUGUUUGAGUUUGUAGUUCAUUCGGCCUUCUUCAGUACAGAUGCUUCCAUGCCUGGCAUUUAAAAUGAGAAGAGGAGAGCAGCAACAGAGUACAUGAAUUCAGUUUCACGCUCUCUGGCCCCAUUUGCAUCAGUAGCUCAAAUGGUUUCUUCUUGAAAUGCCACAAAGUGGCUGAGGGUGUCAUCUGAGCAUUGGACUGUGUCCUCCUCCUUUUCCCUAGAGCGGCCGUUGCCGAAAAUCCCAUGAGGUUCUGAAAGCCUCUAACACUUGCACACAGCUCAUUGUGGUUGCACAGCUGUGAGCAUCUCCACUUGGCAAAAAGGCGCCUAUUGCAACCUUGUUUAUUUCCACUCCAUGCUUCUGUGAGCAGAGUUAUGCUCAGUGGUGUGCCGUCGGCAGCCCGUGUUAUAUUCUGGAUGCAAGCGCAGCCUCUCUCUCCUCCUCGUGUGCCAGGACCCAUCUUGGGUAACACCGCACAUUCUCAGUUUCAGGCUGGUGCAAAUGAAAGGGGAGUUGUGACGAGCAGAGCUAUAUUUCCCGAAAGAGAGAAUUCUAAAAUAAGAUUGCAGGGUGCACUCAGAAAGGUUGGCCUGGGGAUUCUGAAAGCACGUCUUCGACUGUCACCUCGAAGCGGCAGAAGAUUGCACAGUGACCUUGUUCUAUAUCGGUGUGAAAAAUAUGCCUUGACCUGCCUUUCUCAUAUCACCUUUGCCAUGAAUGGUGGAUUUAGUUUAGCAGAAAGAUGUUCUUCUCCUGAAUUAAGUUUCCCAGAGGCGCCUCUCUGGUGUUGCUUGCUGGCUGCGCUCCAUCAGGCUCUGUCCUGCAGAAAUUAAUUGCGUGUGCCUUUGCAUGCUUUUCAGCCUCUCUCUGGGUUGCAGCCGUGGGUUCUGUUCUGCUAGUUGAGGCAGGCUCCUUUUGCCGCUGGAUGACUCUCAACUGGAUGUGUGAACCGACUCUUGAAAAGCAGUGCUUUUGAAAUGGUAGGAGGCAAUGCAAGGCAGCUCAUUCUCUCAGGCAAGCCAUCAGUCCAUGUCCCCCCCCCCCAAUAAUUUGGCAGUCAUCAAAUGAUCAACAUGCAUGUGUGAAAUUGCCUUUAGCCAUGUGUAUUUUGGGCAAUAAAGAGGGGCGUGAUCCUUGGGGACCAGUUGUGAUCCAAGGGCCAUGGCUCAGGAGCAGAGCACAAGGUUUUGCAUACAGAAGGUCCCAAAUUCAAUCCCUGGCUUCUCCAGGAAGGGCUGGGAGGGACUCCUGCCUGAACCCCUGGAGAACAGCUAGCAGUCAGUAUAGAUCAGGGGUGGCCAGAAGAUGGAUCAGGGUCUACUGGUGGAUAUCUGGGUGCUGUGAAGUAAAUCAGCAAGGAUUUCUGAUUCUCAGUUGUUCAGCAAUACCAACAAAACUGACUUCAGGAAACUCUAACAAAAGAAAAUAAAAAAGGGGGGGCAGUUUCCAGGAGAGGAAAACCUGUGAGCUCUGUUCAGUUUUGGAGCCCAAAAUAAAUUCUUGGGCUCUGAAAGAUGUUUAUCUUUUGUACCAGGUGAAACAUACUAGAUCUUGCAAGCCUGAUGUCUACAAUAGACAAUGCUGAUCCAUAGAAUCAUAGAGUUGGAAGGAACUCGAGGAUUAUCUAGCCCAACCCCUGUAAUGCAGGAAUAUGCAGUCAUCCCAUACAGGGAUUGAACCUGAAACCUUGGUGUUUUCAGCAGCAUGCUCUAACCAACUGAGCUAUCCAGGUGGGCCAGUGGUCUAACUCAGUGUAAGGCAACAUCCUAAGUUCCUAUGCAUUGUAUUGUCCCAAGACCUGUUGACUGGUCAUUCUGAAGGGUGACAGAAUGUGACAGCAUCCUAUGUUCCAAACUGGUUCCUCCUUGUAUAAGUAGAUAUUGGGCUGGAACACAGGUUAAGCCCCCAUUGGAAUCAGUGGUACAAGUUAGUCAUUGGGAUAUGACUUUGCUUCCUGGGUUUAGCUUAUUCCAGGAGUCCCCCAAGCUCCCCCCUGCUCUUGCCUCCCACAAACCUCCUCCUGAACAUCGCCAGGCAUCUUGGCAGUCCACUUAAUGUCUCUUCUGCAUGCUGCAUUGAUUGCAAUGUGCUGUGCUAGAUGCUGUACAGUAUUUAAGUGUAUUUUUAUUUCUUCUUUUGUUUAUUACACGUUGCAUUUUAUUGUAUUCCAUAGAAUUCACAUGGUAGCACAAUAAAAUGCAUUGUAAGAAAUAAAAGAAGCAAUGAAAAUACAGUUAAAAAUCAAUAUGGAUAUUUAAUGUGAUGAAUGUGGCACCACCUGUCUUCACCCCACACAUCCACAGACAUGCCACAGGCCACUUGAAUGGACCCCUUGGUGAUUCACGAACCACAAACCCUUGCCUAUUCUGACAAUAUUUCACCUGUGAAAAUACCUAAUUUUGCUUUUAAUUUAGACCAUAUGGCUAAACCUGGUGUGGAGUUGCUGUAGCCUAAGCUUAGGGUCCUCCAAUUUCAUCACUCUGCUCAUAAUUACCCUGCUCUUGGCCCUUGAGGAAUAAUGUGUUUAAUUUAGGGCUGCUUUCUUUCUGCUUUGAUUUUUCCUCCACCAACCCAGCCACUGCUGCCGCUGCCGCCUCUCUCCAGCAUGUCUCCGCUGUAUGUCUGUGACCUUGGAGCAAGGACUGUCCCCCUCUCUGCCUGUGUUUCAGCCCUAGCUGUCUGGUUCUUUCUCGACUUUCCUCCACUAUUAGCCUGGUCUGUGGCCUUCCACUUUAUCCCCAACCAGGGCUUGUCUGGGUUGCUUGACUGUCGUCUUGUAUUCUACAGAGGGAGAGAAAACACAUAGAAACCAGUUGUUUCAUGUUUGAAGUCUGUGUUCUUUGUAAAAAGGUUUGUUUUUUAAAGAAAUUGUCAUUAGAACAAAACUUCUGAAAACUAUAGCAAGCAGUCUUAUUUGAAAAUAUUUACUGUUCGGUUUUUCGAUGGGUGGUAUGCUGAUCACAGUAAAGACCUUAUCUUUGGGUUAUGAUCUCAAAGCCUGUGUCUCUUGAAAAUGCCUUUGAUGGCCAUGGGGUGUGCUUUCUGGCUUUCUUGAGGCUGGGGAAGUGUAGAGCCCAUGGCUGCCAGCACACCUGAAGAGAGAUCAUUCACCAAGCCAAAUGGCAAGAUGCCCACCUUUCUCCCGACUACCCCAGACCUGCUGCGCUGGACAACUUUAUACUUUGGAAGUCAGUAUUUCUAAUGUGCUAAAGGCAGCCUCUUUGCUGUAGUGCAUGUAUUCCAAUUGAACUGUUGUUUAGCUUGAGGGAUUGUCCAGGGCAUGAGAAGCCCAUUUACUGCAUACAUUACAUUGCUUGAAAGUAUCUGGGCGUCUUCCCCCUUCAGGACAGAAAGGACGCCUCGCCAUUUGCCACCCUGGAACGAUCUCCUUCCUUUGGUGUAAUAAAUUGCUUUACUUGCUUACGAAGGUUGUAGUUCUUGUGCUGGCAUUUUUCAGUCUCCAGCAACCCGUAAAACGAGACGCCGGUUCCAAGUCUUUCUGGAGUCCUUUAGGUUCUGAACCAGAGGGAUUCUGAAUCCUGUGUGCAUGUACUCAUGGUGCAAGAGAUAGGUUAAAGGAAAUGCAUCUCAAAACAGCGGUGUGAGCCUCUUGUUUGGCACUCUGGUUACCUGGGUUUUUUUUUUAUAUAGCUCCAGGUAACUAUACCUGCACUUGUCUUGCUUCAGGUUGGCACUUCAGUGUUCCAUAGAGAGUUAAUGUAUUCUGCAGGAGCUAUGCCAGGCUAGUUAUAUUUCAUGGUUUGUUUUCCCAUUGCUGGUCCAUAAUCACCUCACCGCUACUCCCUGUCUCAUCCCCCCUCGUUUAUUCCCCAACCCCCAGUUUGGGAUUUAAGUUUGCUCUAUUUGGAGUGGCUAGCAAGAGCCAGCCCCCCCCCCCCCGGCAUCUCAUACAGUGACAGGAGGUGUGUUCUCAUCUUCCGGGUGCUAUAUUUAACCACCUACCAUCUGCUAUUCUGACCCCCACCCACCAAUUCCUUCCAUUUAAGCCAGAUUCCCUCGCCAGUGCGGCAUGGGCUCUGACACGUGACCUCACUAUCUGCACCUCCCUUAGACGGGCUUGCCCGGCCUGUAGCUGGCAAAAGGCAUCCUUGUGGAGAAAGGCAAGCAAAUAAAGCAGGGCUUAAAAAACAGCCUGCCACCUACUUGUCCCAGAGGAGCUGGUAGAAUAAGACUUUUUAUGCUUUCGUUCAGAUUUGUAGGUGAAGGUUGUUCAGUCCUAGAGGAUUUGUGCUGUUUCUCUGAGGAGCAACAAGCAGCCAUCUAUUGCACCCACAAAUGCUGGGCAAAAAGCAGCCACCCUCCUUGGUGGUCUUUGAACAUAGUCAAACAGUGUGAGGUCGAGCUUGGGUUAAAACAAAUAAUAAUCUGUGUUAACUCUGCAAAGUCAAAGCCAUGUUGGACAAUUUUUUGGCCAAUGAGAGAUUAAUGAGAUAUCUAAUAUACCCAUACAGAUUAUCUGGGUGUGCAGGGAAACAGUAGUGUGUUUAUUAUUAUUAUUAUUAUUAGCCUCCAAAUCAAAGAAACACAACUGGAGAGAAAUACUCAAUUAAAAACACGCUUGGUUUGAACCCUGGCUUCUGUGGAUUGAAAUUAGCACUGCCUCGCUACUGACUCCACUGCUGGAGGUAUUGCGGAAUAUCUAUGAACAUUCCUGCUGCUCAGACACUUAAACUGUGCCAGCACCCAAGGCCAUGGGAAGGCUUGAUAAUAGCCAUUUCCCAGGAAGCCUGCAGUGAGUGAGAAUUGGUUCCAGAAGACCAAGCAUGGAGAUUUUUUAAUCAUUUGGGGAGGGAGCUGGUUCUUUUUUUCAUUUCAGACCAACUUGUGGACGUAUCUGUGGGUCUUUUCUCUCGUCUGGGUUGGAAAAAGAGCUGUGGGAAUGGGUGGGUGAAGCAGGUCUUCCUCCGAGAAAAAAAGCCCAACCCUUCUGGUUGGUUUGUUUUUAAGAAAAAAAAGAAAAGGGAUUUAAUGUAAUUGUGUGUUUGUGAGGGAGAGAGAGAGAGAAAGAGGCCUUUCCUGCAUAAACAGGGCUUGCAGCUGAUCUUAUUUAUUAUGCUUAUAUCUUAGGUUUCCUCCAAGGACAGUACCUGCUUUUUAUCCUCACAAUAGUCCUUUGUGGUAGGUUAGGCUGAGAGAUUGCCCAAGGUCGCCCAGAGAGCUUCAUGCCUGAGUGGGGAUUUUGAACCUGGGACUCCACACUAGUCACUAUACCACACUGAUUUGUGAUAUUAUUAUUAUUAUUAUUAUUAUUAUUAUUAUUAUUAUUAUUACAUUUAUAUCCCAUCUUUCCUCCAAGGAAGUUCAAGGUGGCGUACCCAAUUCCCCCUCUCCUCAUUUCAUCCUCAAAACAGCCCCGUGAGGUAGGUUAGGCUGAGAGAGUUAGCCCAGGGUCAAUGAGCAAGCUUCGUGGCAGAAUGGGGAUUUGAACCCCAGUCUCCCAAGUCCUAGUCCAGCACUCUAGCCACUACACCACACUGGUUCUCUUUUUAAAAAAUAACCUGUGUCUCUUAUUUGGAAUAAUUUGCACCACAGGCACCAGGUGUGAAUGGAAGGUCCAGCCUAGCUGGAUAAGGACAAGGUGAGAGAGGAAUUUCUGCUGAAGAUCACAAAGAAAUGUAGUUUGGGGUUUGUUUGGUUUUUUGCAAGUUGUAAGGUUGACUCAACCUUGCGGAGGUGUCUAUAGCCCACUAAGACUCAUUAAAAUCAGAGAGAAGAAGGAGCAUGUAGAUUGCAAAUUUUAAAGCAAUUUGCUUCCACCCAUGCAAAUGAGUGUGGAGUGAAGUUACUUAUUUAUUUGAAGCAUUUUUUGCCUUGCUCUUCGGCCCCUGUUCCUGCAAGAAAAGGGCUUCCAGAGGAGCGUGAAAGUAUCAACAACAAGAUGGUCUCAGUCCUGCGACUUUUCAAAGUGAUGAAUUUGCUCGACCACAGAAGAGAUUUCUGAGUUCUCCUUUUAUCCCUUUCCUCCCUUUGUGGCAAGAAAUAAAGCAUUUAUAGUGAAUUACUUUCUGAAGGCUCAGGUUUACACACACACAAACACACCCCACUCCAUAGGGGAGCUUUCUUGAGCAAGCGGGCUGGGGGUGGGGGGAAGCAAAUCAGGAUCUGAGCUCCGCCAGCCGUCUGAGUAUAUAGUGGCCUGAAUAGCGGACAGGACUGACUGAGGCAGCGAAAAACAUGUCUCGUUUGGCAAGCGCCAGGGCUUAAUUUAUGGCAUCUCACUUUGUGUUCUCCCUCUGCAGGGACUGCAGCUUUCAGCCUUCAUUCCCAAUCAGCAGCCAAGAGCGUUUCUGCUUGCUCAUUACUGGAGUUUGGGGUGGGGUGCUUCCUGGUUUGGUUCUCCCUCCCCCAUUUAAAUAUCACCAGAGCAUCUUCAGCUGAAGGGGAAAGUGGCUCACAUACCCCUCGCAAAGUCACUCUGGGUAGAAUUGGCCAGUUUUGCUGGGGGCUGGUGCCAAGGAGAGCUGAAUUCCGUUCAAUUCAAUUAUUUUUGCAUAAGCAUCUCUUAUCUCAUAUCAUUUAUUCUGCCUUGCCACUUGUGGGGAGAGGGGCAGGGAGCAGUCCACACAAGGCAGAAAAGCACCAUUGCCUCCAACUAUUUGACCAUCACAAUCUAUUCCUUCUGGUGUUUCUUUACAGCUUUGUUUAACUUGGAUACUUGCUUAGUUUAAAAAAGAACAGCAAGUGAAACCCGGGCUGAGACUCUCGGGGAGCUGGAUGCGGCUGUGAGAUUAUGUGCUCCCAUAGGAUUAUGAUGUGCGAUCAAGAGAUGGCUGGCAUCUUUCUCCUCCGCAGAGGAGCACAGUGGGAAAGCCACUAGACCUGCUAAAAAAGAGUGAUCUCUCUUAUCCCUAGAUCAGUUGCUCUCCAACAAACAUCUGUUUAACUCCCAUCAAGUGUCUUUGGCACCCAAGAGGAGGUUUCGGGCUCAGUGGUCUCCUAGCUCCUCCUUUCCUCUUCAGUUGCUUCUCAGAGGCAUGGAUUUGGGAGCGCCACUCUGGCACACUUCCAAGGAGCAACGUAGUGAAUAAAAUGUUGGCACAUCUUAGGUUUUUUUCCAGCACAAAACAGCACCCUGUUAGAGGUGGACAUUCCUAAGCAGUGGGGAAAAGUUAUUAUUUAUUCAAUUGAUAUACCGCCUUUUGUCAAAAGAUCCCAGGGUGGUGAACAACAUUUAAGAACACAUUUUACAGAGCACAAUAAUGAAAACAUAAUAAAUAGCAUAAUAAUAGACAGCAUGAUAAUAAAAUAACUGUAGUAGCAGCACCCCCACCUUUAACAGGCCAUGGAAUAUUUAAUGGCCAAAGGCCUGGGUAAAGAAGAAUGUUUUUGCCUGGCACCUGAAGACAUUUAAUGAUGGUGCCAAGUGAGCCUCUCUGGGGACAUUCCACAGAUGGGGAGCCACCACAGAAAAGGCCAGUUCUCUUGUUGCAGCCUUCCGAACCUUUCUGGGAGGGAGGACAUAGAGAAGGGCCUUGGGCACCAAGCGCAGGGUCUGGGUCGGUUUGUAUGGGAGAGGCAGACCUUAAGGUGUUAAGGUUCUGAGACAGAUGUCCCUGAUGUCUUUAGAUAGCUUUGGUCAGGUCUGGACUUGAAACUGCAAAAAUGCUUUGAUAGGGUCCUACUACCCUUUCUGUACAGUGGCUGGUUGGGUUGGAGGUGCCAUUAACACAGGCUCCCCUUCUGUCCCAGAACAAUUUGGUACCACCAGUAAAACUCGGUUGCCUCAUUGCUCCCCCCAGCCUUGUCUUCCUUCUCUUGCCCCUCUUUCAGUUUUGCACUGUGUCUCUUAGAUUGUAGGCCAGGCUUCCUCAACCUCGGCCCUCCAGAUGUUUUGAGACUACCAUUCCCAUUAUACCUGACCACUGGUCCUGCUAGCUAGGGAUCAUGGGAGUUGUAGGCCAAAAACAUCUGGAGGGCCGAGGUUGAGGGAGCCUGUUGUAGGCCUGCUAGUGGAGACUGUUAUGUCUUCAUUUUUUGCACAGCGCUUACUAAGAGCUGUAAAAAUGCAUCACUUCAUAAAAUGAUUUUCAGGGCUGAAAAGCCAAAUGGACUCCCAAGUUCAUGCGAACAGACCCACCCAUCAUAAAGAUCAGCCCUUCCUGUUCCAAGUGGUUCUGUUUGCCUCUUGUUGACAUCUUCCAUUUUGUACUGCAGUAUUUCUGCAGGUGGUGGUUGGCAUGGUAGGGGAGAAGAGCCUUAAGGCGGAUUUUGUUUUAUUUUUGGUCUCUCGAGGGUCAGAUGCAAAUCAGUCUUCCCUUGCACGCAUUCUGACAGUGGUGCCAUGUGCAGGGUUUAAUUUUAUACAGGCCUUGCCUACAUCCUGAGGUCCUAAUUGACGCUUUGAUUGCCCGCCAGCAUUAGGGGUGCAGCUGCACAAAUUAGCCAUCUCUGAGCCUUUCUGGAUUCCCCCUAGAUAUCUAAGUGAGCAGGUCUUUCUGAGAUGUUUAAAAAUGGGAUGGAGGAACAGGGUUUGUCUCUUAAUCUGCACAGGCCACUCUCUGAAAUAGAUGGUGGUACAAGAACAUGCAGCUUGUGCAUUCAUAAUAGUGAACAACAUUUGCACUUUCCUAUGCAGUAUAGAGCCAUCAGUUCUAGAGCAAGGAGGCAAGACUUUCUUGCUUGGAGUUUACAGGCUGAAUUUGGCAGAGAAGAUAGGGGUGGGCACAUAGUUAGACUAUGGAACUCACUGCCACAGGAGUCAAUAACAGCCACUAGCUGGGAUGCCUUGGAAAGAGGGUUGGAUGAAUACUUAAGGCUAUCAGUGGCAACUGGCUGUGACGGCUAUGCCGUACCUCCACAUCUGGAAGCAGUAAUGUUUCUGAAUGCCAGUUGCUGGAAGCCACAGGAGGAGACAGGGUUUCUCAUAGGGGCAUCUGAUUGGCCACUGUGACAACAGGAUGCUGGACUUGGUUGGGCCACCAGCCUGAUCAAGCAAGCUUCCCUUACAUGGGGUGAACAAAUGCAGGGAUGACCAUUUGAAGGUGCUUAAAACUGGCCCAUGUCUUUCAGCGUUAAAGUCUCUGGUAACGAACUAAGGUUUUCCCCAACAAGGGAUAGGGAUGAAUGUAAGGAACUGCAGCUGUGAGUGAGCAUUGGUAGGUUAAGCCAAAGAUAGGAGCAAUGGACUUGUAAUCUGGUGAACCGGGUUUGAUUCCCCGCUCCUCCACAUGCAGCUGCUGGGUGACCUUCGGCUAGUCACACUUCUCUGAAGUCUCUCAGCCUCACUCACCUCACAGAGUGUUUGUUGUUGGGGAGGAAGGGAAAGGAGAUUGUUAGCCGCUUUGAGACUUCUUAGGGUAGUGAUAAAGCGGGAUAUCAAAUUCAAACCCUUCUUCCUCUUCUAGGGGGGUGGGUUUUCAGAAGGGCUUGCGAAGGAAAUGGCAGAGCAAAGGUUUUUCUUGCUGUUCCAGGCAGAAGAAGACUGGGCGCUGAAGAGAGCAAGGCACUGAAACAGCUGAGCACAAUGCCAUUUAACACCAAGGGCUUGUUUCUUUGUUUCUCCAGGGGACAAUUAGCGUUGGAAUAGACGCCACUGACCUCUUUGAUCGGUACGAUGAGGAGUACGAAGAAGUGCCAGGGAGCAGCUUUCCCCAUGUUGAAAUUAACAAAAUGCACAUAUCGCAGUCCAUUGAGGUAAAGUACGUGUGUGUGUGUGUGUGUGUGUGUGUGUGUGUGUGUGUGAGAGAGAGAGAGAGAGAGAGAAAUUAAAAAGGGUUUCUCUGUUAAUGAGGCACCUCAGCACAGAGCAACGGGAAAUGAAAUCUGGCUCAGGGAUGCAAUUAUCUGUUUCGAAAUGGCACUGGAGGAAGUGGGGAAGGGAAGGUUCACUUGCGGCUGAGCCCAUGUGCUGUCAGAGUCUCUCAUGCGCUCAAGUGCUGUGCUCGGGCACCCCAUUUGUAUGCCACACACCUCCCAUCUCUGGAAGCAGAGAGACUUCACAGGCUCUGCGUGUGUUGCUCAAAAGCUGUUUCCCAGGCAGAGGGUGUUAGUAGUAGUAAAAAAAAGGUAUGGUAAAGGACCCCUGGAUGGUUAAGUCCAGUCAAAGGUGACUAUGGGGUGUGGCGCUUAUCUCACAUUUCAGGCUGAGGGAGCCAAUGUUUGUCCACAGACAGCUUUCGUGGCCAGCUGACUAAACUGCUUCGGGCGCAACAGAACACCGGGACGGAAACCAAAGCGCACAGAAACGCUGUUUACCUUUCCGCCACAGCAGUACCUAUUUAUCUACUUGCACUGGUAUUGCUUUUGAACAGCUAGGUUGACAGAAGCUGGGACAGAGCAACGGGAGCUCACCCCAUCACACGGUUUCGAAUCGCCGACCUUCUGAACGGCAAGCCCAAGAGGCUCAGUGGUUUAGACCACAGCGCCACCUGCGUCCCGCUGUUAGUAGUAGUGGGGAAGCCCAAAGACUCUUCUCUGCUUCUUCUGCACACUUGGUCAGCAUCCCCUGCCCACUGUUAGUUGAGCUGCAAUAUGAUGGAGCAUUCCGGGACACGCCAAGGACAGCAAGCGGCGGAGGGGCAUUCAUAAAACUAGUCAACAGUGCACCUUCUGAGAGGGGUCAAAUGCCAGGAGGCUGAGUGUAAAGAAAGCAUACAGUGGACUUAUUCAGUGGUUUGGUUGAAUCAUCACACCUCGAGUCUUGUCUAAGUGUGUAUCUGCAGCAGAUGAUUGCCCUCAAAUUCACCGGUUAAUCUGAUUCCACGUCUUGGGCAUGUAUGUCCACCCCUCCUACAUGCAGAGAGCAUCCGUGCAGCACACAUUCUACCCACGUAGAUGAGGCCACACAGUGUUGGGGCAUAGAGUGUAUUUCUCACUGUGGCCAACCAAAUGCCUGCAGGGAACCUGCAAGCAGGAACCAAGGGCAAUAACAUUCUCCUGUCCUGUGGUUUCCAACAACUGGUAUUCAGAAGCAUUGCUGCCUCUUAAGUGUGGAGGCGGAGCACAGCUGUCAUGGCUUGCCAUCAGUAGCUUUCCCCUCCAUGAACUUGUCUCCUGUGUGCAGAGAGCAUCAGUGCACACAGAGUUAUGUUACUCUCUCCCUGUACCCACUCAGGUGAGGCCACCUGAUGUUGAGACAGCAUCUUAAGCAUUCAUUUAUAUGGGAGACUGUAAAGGGGUGCCAUCCAGGUGGGUCUGCUUUUGGUGACACCUGCCACUGAGAGUCAGGCUUGCUGUAGAUUGUGCAGGACUUCUAUGAGCUGCAACAAGACAGCUGCCCAGUGGCGUAGCGUGGGGGGUGCAGGGGGGGCCGGCCGCACCGGGCGCAACAUCUGGGGGUUAGGGGGCGCAAAUCCACGGGUUAGGGGGCGCAAAUCUACGGGUUAGGGGGCGCAAAUUACUUGCCUUGCCCCGGGUGCUGACAACCCAUGCUACGCCACUGCAGCUGCCUUUCUCUUGCAGGCUCCACUGACGGCCACAGACACUGCGAUAUUGUCGGGAAACCUCUCAACGCAGAACGGGAAUGGAGGCGGCUCUGUGAACUUGGCUCUGAGGCGUGUGACGUCUGCCAAAGGCUGGGGAGAGGUAAGAGGACUCGUUUCUCCCAGUUUUCACCCUGUUUCUUGCUGUGUUUUGAGCCUUCCGGGCGGCUGCUGCUGCACCUCUAUCUUUGCCUUCCUUGUUGGUGGGAGGUCAGUGAUUUUCCUGUUUUAGGGCACCCAGAGCUUCCUUUUUUCCCCACUUUCUCGAAGUUGAGUGAUGUCACUGUGCUGGACUAGGCUACCAUGUAGACUUGCACAGUUAAUUUCCUGCUGGGAGCACUGCCGUGUUCCAGGAGAGGAAGCACCACCUACCUCCUCUCCCUGGCCAUGCACUCCAGUGCCUAUCCAUGCAUCCGAGUAGCUCCCAUAGAGGAAUAGUUAAAGGCAGCUUAUACCAGUGAAGGGCUGUGGGCAGCUCACGACAUUGAGCUCUCUGACCAACCUCAGAGCUUAACUGAGUCACGCUGAUCUCACCUCUGUAGCUCUUGCUUCCUAAUGCUUGUCCGUCUUCUUUUUGUGCAGAUAGAGUUCGGAGCUGGAGACCUCCAGGGGCCUUUGUUUGGCCUGAAGGUGUUUCGGAAUCUUACACAAAGAUGGUAAGACUUAGAAAGGGGUGGAGGACAACCUCCCACUCCUAGAAGGAACAGGACUGAUUUGUGAUGUUAUUAUUUUUAUCUUAUUUAUAUCCCACCCAUCUGGCUGGGUUUCCCCAGCCACUUGGGGCAGCUUACAGCAUAUAUAAAAAUACAACCGAACAUCAAACCUUAAAAAACAGAAUAUGCAACCAGUUCUUCAUCACUAUCUCUAUGUGUCUCUUGCAUCUAUAGGCAACCAGCCAGCAUACACAGUGGCACUGAUAUUAACCACCCACAGUGCCAUUCAGAGUCUGAAACCAGUAGGAAGCCAGUUUUCCAUCUUAUGGUUACCUUUUCUUUCAGGGCCCUGGUGUCUCUCAGAAAAUACAUGGCAGGCUGAAAUGUAAAUAAUGUCACCAUGCCAAACCUAUGGAUUCAGAGAUGUAGAAUCGUUUGCUGUACAGUGGUACCUCGGGUUAAGAACUUAAUUCUUUCUGGAGGUCCAUUCUUAACCUGAAACUGUUCUUAACCUGAAGCACCGCUUUAGCUAAUGGGGCCUCCCACUGCCGCUGCUCCGCUGCUGCGCGAUUUCUGUUCUCAUCCUGAAGCAAAGUUCUUAACCCGAGGUACUAUUUCUGGGUUAGCAGAGUCUGUAACCCGAGGUACCACUGUAUUAAGUUCUUUCUUAUGAAAGAGGCCCAUGGUGGAUCCAAGGUCCAUCUAGCAUCUCCAUAUGAAAGUGCUUUUCAGCCGAUGUGGCAAAGUAUAGUCUUGAAACAGGAGCAGGUGCCUGCAAAGUGUCCCUGGCCUUCCAGUGAGACAGACAGCUGCCUCUCGUAGGCCCUACAGUUUGGAAAGGGCAGGAAAGAGGAUCAAGUGUCUCUCCCUCUUCUUUCAUUCUCUCUUUCUCAAAAGGACAAGUCAAUAUUAGUAGGGAAACCUCCCCCACCCCCCAGCUGCAUGGACUCUCCCCAAGCACAAAUUGAACUUGGGAGAGACAGCAGGGGUCACCCAGCCCCAGCCCCAUUUCCUCUGCCAGGUGUAAGGGUUCUACUCUGGCAGCCCCUGGGAGUUAGCACCAUCUACCAAAGAGAGGGAUCCCUGAAUUUCUUGCCCACAUGUAUUCCUCUGUAUUUCUGUUCCGGCUGGAUUUUCCUUGACCCUCCAGUUGUCAUUUUGUUUGUUAGAGGUGAGAGAGGGGGAAAUGCAAAAAGAAGGGAGUGUAGUAUGGGAAAGAGAAAAGCUUACACAGGAAGUUUAAAAUAUUCAAAGUGGGUUGCAGGUUAGGACUAAACUUGGUUCGAUGGCUCUGCUCUGCCUCCACGGUUGGAGGCAAUAAAUGCUUCUGAAUGCCAGUUGCUGGAAACGGCGGGAGGGGAGAGUGUGCUUGCCCUUGAAUCCUGCUUGUCCAUCGUCAAGAGCCUCUUCUUUACUGGGGUGCAAUAUCCCUCUGUGGCCAGAAGAUGGCCUUAGCUCAAAUCUUUCCAAAAGGAAAUAUUGGAAAAGUUGCCGCUUUUGACAGCUUCCAGUUCAGUUCCUAGUGGGCAGCAAGGGCAGGCCCAGCUAUCGCACUGAUCCAAAGCUGCCCAGUGCUGUCAUCAUUGAUGGGCAGCAGCUGUCUGGGGUCUUUGGCCUGGAGCUGCCCCUGUUAUAAGAAAAUACCUCUUAAUUCCCUUAUGGGGCAUCUAGAGCCCAUAGAGAGUCCCUCAGGAGAUCUCUAUUGGUCAGAGAGAAAGCAGAGGCCAACCAGAGUAUAUUGAAAGCAAAGUCGGCUAGUAAGCCUGAUCUUUAUUAAAGGAAAUAAACUGUUACAACAAGGUCCCCACUCACCACAUGCAGGAGGGAGGAGAACCCUAAACAAUGGUGUACAAGCCCCUGUAAAGACUUCUCAAAGCCUCUUGAAAGCCCAAGACCACCCUCCUAAACAUCAUACAUACAUCACAGAAGGAGGCAGUCUCCAGCAGAAAUUUGAGUGUGUUGCUUCACUCCUGUCUGCCAGGAUACCUGAUAAUACCUUACUUGAUUGCAUUUUCUGAGUAGCCUGGCCAUUCCUUUGAGAUGGUAAAUACUUUAGUUCCUUUAUCUCUUACAAAUAUUGAAUCCUGAAUUUCUUACAAAUAUAGUUUGCUCAGCCUAACGGAUACUUGCCAGACUGUAUUUUCAGGGAGGUGUAAGCCCCUACAGUCCAAAGACAAUUGGAAAGCUUUUCCCAUUUCCUUCCUUCUUGCAGAGAAAUAUUUGAGGUCAAUUUGGGAGAGUCAAAAUGGCUUCACGAUUGCUCUUCUGUACUAUUUCAGACACAUGGUUUAUAUACUUAAGUAUGCGUGUUUGCCUUGUACAUUUAUGAACAUUUAUUCUAUAUCUGAGACCUUAGAAGUCUUAUAACACCAGGGACUGGCCUGCAACACCUGUGCUCUGCCACAGACCAGUGGCCAGCUAAUAACUGACUCCACGCAUUUCCUAGAUCUACAAGUGUCAGCAGAGAUGACGGUACAUGCCUGGGCUAGCAGCAGUAAGGCCAGUGCAAUCAACACGGGGGCCAGUAACUGCUGCUCGUUCCUGUUUCAUUCCUGGCAUCUGUUGUGUGGGCAUGCAGCAGUUGGAAUGGAUAGGGCCCAGUCUCCCUGUGGGUUGACUCUGGCAGAGCCAACCGAGACCCUUGAGCUGGCCCCUGUGUCAAUUUGUCCUUGGCAUAGCAUGCAGCUGACUCCAUUCUUCAGGCCCAGCACAUUUCCUAGAGGGCAGAGGCAGAGAGUGUGCUGUAGGCUGGCGUUUUGCCCCUGAAGAGAACAGGGCAGCUUGGUUUGGUGUGUGGGGAUCUAUGUACACAUCAGAGCAUGACGGAGCUUUGAGCAGCUUCCAGAAUCCCAAGCUGAUAAUCCUCCUCUUCUCCUUUCCCAACUCCCAAGAGAUGUUGCUGGAGGAGGAGGAGGCGUGCAUGUCCAUCUGUAAGUCGGAGGCUCUAAUUGAAGCUGGGAGAACUUGUCUGCUGCACACCUCAAGCUCUCCUGGCCUUAAAAAGGGAAUGGAUGUGGCUGUAGCUAGGGAGCAGGGUGUAGCUGGGGAGAGAGGCUCCUCGUGAGCAGCAGUUGCCUAAACAGGAGAGGGAAAACCUUUCAGUUUCACUGAGAGGAUUUUCCUUCUAAGCCUCUUCCUGCCAUCCCCUUGUUCGCAGCUUUGUCACGACAAACUGUGCACUGCAGUUCUCCUCCCGAGGGAUCCGCCCGGGCCUUACGACCGUCCUGGCAAGGAACCUGGACAAGAACACCAUGGGCUACUUGCAGUGGCGCUGGGGCAUUCAGUCGGCAAUGAAUACGAGCAUCGUCCGGGACACCAAAACCAGCCACUUCACGAUGGCGUUUCAGGUUGGGCGGCCCUCCUUCCUUUGGCUCCAACUGUUCUUUGCAAUGACUGUCUGCUCUUUGAGGGUGGGGGAGACCUGUGCUGGCAACUCAGGGAGUCUUUUGAGUUGAAGUGGAGCGACUUGAAUUGAUAAGUCACCUCUUGGGAUCUGCUGGCUGGCCUGUGACUCUGGGGGUUAAGAGGGGGAUGAGGCUUCAUCCACUCCCGAGGAAUCUGUGUGGGCCACCCAACUGUUUAUACCUGAGCCUUGCUUCACAGCGUGGUCUCUGAACAUGGCCAUGUAUAGCUAUUGUGAACAACCCUACCCUACUGCAUGAAAUGGACCAGUCUGCCUAUAAAGUUACCUAAACCACGACUGCGUCUCUUGACAGUGAGUUGCAUGAAUGAAUUAGGCAUAGUAUGGAGAAGUGACUCCCUUUCGUCUGCCUGGGAUCUACUGCCAGUAGGCAAGGGGCAGGAGGUGUGUUGGCAUAUGUGGGUGAAAGCAAGGGAGACGGAAGCGAAGGAAGAAAGAGGGUUGGCUGACCUUCCCGUUUCUCUCAUGCCACAGCUGGGCAUCCCUCACUCCUUCAUGAUGGUCAGUUACCAGCACAAGUUUCAGGACGAGGAUCAGACGCGAGUGAAAGGAUCUCUCAAGUAAGUCCCAGCGCAGAGGGUUGCCCCUGGCAGGUAUAACUAGCAGGCAGGAGGCAGCUUUCGGCAUAGGGGUUUGUGAAAGGGAGUCAACCUCUUGCAGUGGUUGCUUUAAGGAUUCAUGGGCAAGAGGUUGGCAUCUUUCUGCAGCUGCAGUGCUCACCAUCUGGAAACCAGAUGUAGCAGGCAUGCCAGGUGCUGCCUCAGUGCCUCUUCCUUUCUGGAGGGGAAGGGAGACCCAUCAGGCAAGGGGGUGAGUUGGCGAGGUAUGCGGAAGAUGAGACCCGGUGAUCCCGAGAGGCAGAGCCUGUCCCUCUGCUUACUGUUCCCAAAUGCUUUUGUUUCAGAGCUGGUUUCUUUGGGACCAUCGUGGAAUAUGGGGCGGAGCGGAAAAUCUCCCGGCACAGUGUCCUUGGAGCCACCGUCAGUGUUGGCGUACCCCAGGGAGUCUCUCUGAAAAUCAAGUGAGUUGGCAGCCUGAGUUCUGAGGCUGCUUUCCAUAGACUGGUGCGCUCUGGCUGCCCUGGACAGCAGCAGUCAUCAGCACCAGGUUGGGGAAGGUUGUUCUAGGGAGCGGCUCCUCCUGCCUCUGGUCUUGCAUUUUGCUCCUGGUACUUGCCGAGAGACUUCAUGGAAAGCCACUGGACUGAGCUGCAUGUAAGGGUUGGUAUGCCUGGGCCCCCUUGCCUAGUCCGACUUCUCAGCACGAUGCCCACUGUGAGCUCCUCAAGCCCCUGGGCCUUGCCCCUCCAAGGGACUAGUAGUUCAGAAUGAUCACACUUUGUUUGUUUGUUGACCUGCACCCAGGCCGUAGAGCCAGAGGAGGGCUCUAGGAGUUCAAGAUUUGCGGAAGUGCCAGGGAAGAUCAGUUCUAAUGCCUUAUUCAAGAAGAGAAAUAGACCUACAGCGAGAAGCAGCCUGUCAUUUCCCCUUGCCCUUGCAGAUGUAGGAUGGACGCUACAGCAAGUAGCCUCCACAGCAAGGAGGUGGCUUGUCCUACAAUGGACUGUCUGCACCCAGCCUAAAGCACAUACAUUGUUUAUACACUAAGGCAGUUUAUGUCAGCCAACUGAUCAGUGGUGCAGGUGGUAGGCACCCAGAACAUUACAGGGUUCCUCUUCUAGGCUCUGAGCCCAAAUCCCAGUUCCCACAAAUAGGGGUACCAUGAAAGCUAGGCCAAUUAGGAUAUCAAAGCAGGGAUUUGUAAACAUAUAUGAGCUAUAGCUACUUCCAGUGAAUUGUAGGGUUAUGUUGAGUACUCACAUGGUGUCAGCACAGCCUCUGGAGCAAGUUCACCUUCGGGGCAACACAGUAUGUCUAACAACCAGACACCUGUUAAAGCUGCGUCUGCUGGAGACACUGAUCACAAUGUGUGCCGCUAUCAUUCUGGUUGGCAUGUUUCGGUUUUGCCAGCAGAGGGCUCCAGAACACAGCAGAACGGCCUGGGAAAAGCGGAAGAUCAGUGAUCGGACUUCAGAGCCUGUCUCUCGCUCUCUUCCCGCCCACUGCUAAAAAAGCUCAGCAGCCUUGAGUAAUGAAACAUGGAGGAGGGAUUUCCUUAAAUUUGUGUGCCUGGGCAGACGUGUGUCAUCUAGGUGGGCCCCAGCAGGUUUGGGGCCCUCCUCUUCCUGCUCUAGAGUUCUGGCUGUGGGCCUCCCGCCGCUCAAGGCACCCCUUGCCACACCAGGGUCACCAGAGUCCCAUCGCCAUUGGCAGCAAAUGAUUGAGCAGGACAAGGAACCAGAGAGUUGGGCAUGCUCUCUCCCUCCCCUGGCCCCUAGUGUUUUUGAAGCUGGCUCCUGCAGGUUCUCUGUGCCUGCCUUGCCAGCUAACUGCUCUGCUUUCCCCUGCAUCUCAGGCUGAACCGAGCCAGCCAGACCUACUUCUUCCCCAUCCACUUGACGGACCAGCUGCUGCCCAGCGCGGUCUUCUACGCCACGGCGGGGCCCCUCGUCAUCUACUUCGCCAUGCACAGGCUCAUCAUCAGGCCCUACCUGAGGGCGCAGAAGGAGAAGUGAGUGCCCCGAAAGCAUUCCCAGCAUGCACUGGGGGAGGAUAGAGGUGGAACUGACCCGCAGGGCACAGCACAGCAAAGGCAGCUGGUGAUGGAGGAGAGGGCUGCCCAGUGUGUACAUCAGAGGCAGCACAUCUCUGGAAACAAGCUGCCGGGGGGUGGGGCAGCAAGCGAGGUUUGUAGCAUUCCAGGCCUGCUUGUGGUCCUUCUGGAAGUUUCUGGCCGGCCACUGUGGGGAAAGCAGGGGUGGUGGUUUGGCGGGGGGGGGGGGGGAGACACCCUCCUGCUCUUUUCCACAGAGCUCUACUGUGAGGGUGGAGGGAUUUUUGGAGCGAAAAGAAGGAGCCAGACUCUGGGCUGCAAAGGGGGUAUUUCUGUGACUUGCAUAGAAAACUGUCCAAAGGAUACCUUCCUGCUCUCGCCAAUUAACAUGAGAUGCAAUCCAUCAUCAUUGGGAAGCCCUCCUGCUAUGGGGGCCCUUGAUACUUGCAAGAGCAGCAGAGAAGUAAGCAGCGUUCCUGCUCGUUUCACUGGGCUUGGCUUGCAUGAGUCCGGUUGUUCUGUCUCUCUGCCAUCCUUAAUGCACUAGCUGGCCCAGCCUUCGUGCGGCAUGGCUGCUUUUCUCAGGGAACUGGUUGGGGGAAAGUGGGAAGGGAGGCAGGUGCCCAGACGACAGUGAAACCCUCUUCCUUCCUCUCCCCUGUCUGAACGUUAGAGAAUUGGAGAAGCAGCGGGAGAGCACGGCCAGCGACACUUUCCAGAAGAAACAGGAAGCAGAAGCCGCAGUGAGUCUCAAGUCUUGCUUCCUUCCCCGUUCCUGGAUAAUUUAGGGUUCUCUGUGCACUUCCUCCUUGGAAUAAUUGAUCUGGGCUUCAUCUCAAGGGCUUUUCUUCCCUUCAAAAAUCACUUUGACAACUGAAAAUACAGUGUGGGUGGGUGUUUGAGGAGGUCUGGUGAGUUGCUGCUUCCUAACUCACCCUUGUGAGUUUUGCAUAGCCCUCUCACAAAUUUUCACUGUCACUCUUGGCUGUCUUCAUUUUUGAAAGCGUUGGGUUUAUUUUGUUUUUAAUCAGGUUUUUAUGUAACUGAGUCUGUUUUAAUUGCCUCAUCGCCUGCCUUUACUGGCGAGAGAAAGAAUGUGUGUGUUUUCAAAAACAGAACACGUGCAAGAGUGUGACUGUAGCCAGUUUUGGGGGCCAGGGCCAUGUCUCUUAUAGAUCCAGUGGCGUAGCGUGGGGGGUGCAGGGGGGGCCGGCCGCACCGGGCGCAACAUCUGGGGGUUGGGGUUAGGGGGCGCAAAUUACUUGCCUUGCCCCGGGUGCUGACAUCCCACGCUACGCCACUGUAUAGAUCAUAUGCUUUACAUGUCCUAGGUUUAGUCCCUGACUUCUUUUUAUUUGUCAUUUGUCUGCUUCACACCUGGUAUGUGCACUUCCAAGUGAUGUCUUAUGAGAUGCACAGUACUGGGCUAGAUGUUUCCACCUUGGUCUCGUUCAAUGUCUAAGGUUCUCACUUAUUUCAUAUAUUUUGACCCUGCCUCUUGAUGACAAGCAUCCACAAGGCCACUAGUAAAUCUAGCCCUUGCUAAUGCAUUUCUUGUUACAACAAAUCUCCAUUAUCGAGGCUGAAAGAGAGAGAGAGAGAGAGAGACUUUGCCUGGUCACCUCUGGGCAGUGCCAGCAUCCAGACAGGAGUGCAGGGAGAAUUGAUCCAAAUGCCUCUGGGCAGGCUGCAGAGUGCACAUCCCUCCUGGCUGAGUUACAAUGACAGGCUCCAAUCGCAUGUGGUAAGGAGGCCUUCCAGAUCAGAGGCAGGUGAGAGAACCUGGCACCACUUUUUGGAGAACACCUCGUCCUGCAACCCUGGAGAAAUUGCGAGUGUGACGCAAUUCCACACACAAGUGCAGAAAUCCACCUCUCUCUGUGAAACAUGUUUCUAGUCCUUGCAAAGUUAUGCUUGGGAGCAUGUAGGCAGCAAAACCUCUGCAGCUGCUGAGCAAGCCUUGCUCUUGCUCACAUCCAGAGAGCCAGUGUGGUGUAGUGGUUAAGAGCGGUAGUCUCGUAAUCUGGGGAACCGGGUUUGAGUCUCCACUCCUCCACAUGCAGCUGCUGGGUGACCUUGGGCCAGUCACACUUCUUUGAAGUCUCUCAGCCCCACUCACCUCACAGAGUGUUUGUUGUGGGGGAGGAAGGGAAAGGAGAAUGUUAGCCGCUUUGAGACUCCUUAAAGGGAGUGAAAGGCAGGAUAUCAAAUCCAAACUCUUCUUCUUCAUCAUCAUCCUAUUCCUCCUCGUGCCCCUUGUAGCGUAGUGUGUUGAAGGAGAACACACCCUCAAGCCUUGGCCCUUCCCUCCGGUCUUGUUUUUAUGAGGUUCCUAGAGAGGAGUUGGGUCUUGCGCUUGAUUGUCCUACUGCUGCAGCUCCCACUUUGCCUCUCUGCCUCUGAGCAACACAUUCUAGGGGCUCCCCUUUCAGGUGUUCUCACACACAAAACCAACCCCAAAAUGCCCAAAGGUCCGCCAUCCCUGUUGCUUUCCACGAGUUGGAGGGCAACCUUCUGCAGCCUCCUGUGAUGGAAGAGGCAGAGCUUAGACCAUUCCUGGCUCACAUGUUGUUUUUACACAAGUGCAGUCCCUAUAAAGGCCGCCUCCUCCUCCUUUUUCCCUUUAAGAAUAUUUGCAAACACAAUAAAUAAGCCUUCUUCUUUUGAUGCCGAAUCCUGGUCUGUCCCCUCGCUUAGGUGCGGCUGAUGCAGGAAUCUGUCCGGAGAAUUAUUGAGGCUGAAGAAGCCAGGAUGGGUAAGGAGUGCUGAUUUCCCUUUUCUUCCACCCAAGUCUGCCCUUCAGGCAUUUGAGGUGUUUGCACACUUCUGUUUGGGUUCGUAAAUGCUACUGUGUUGCUUACUGCUCUUAUUGGAACAGGAAACACUAAGUGGAAAGAGGUUGUGCCCCAGAACGUUUGCUUUAAUGAUUCUGGAAUGCCCAAUUGGUUCUAGUUUAUCUGCAAGGGCAUAUCCAUCCCAUAUGGGUGGCGGGUGAGCCGUAGGUCCGUGGUGGAGCACCUGCUUUGCAUGCAGAAGGUCUCAGGUUCAUACUUCGACACCUCUGGGGUAGGGCCAGAAAAAAGACCAACGUCUGAAUCCCUGGAGAGCCUAUUCCCAUUGACAUGGAUGAAGCUGAGCUUGAGCUUGCUCAGUGUAAGGCACCUCCUAUUGUACUGUGCUAGCUCAGGGUUUGGUACUAGUUGCAGAAAUCAGCAACCCAAGAACCUCAGUAGUUCUUUAAAAAAUAAAUGAAGGUCCUAGCCUCUAAGGUGGAAGAAUAUAUGGAAUCUCAAAGGGGGAGCCUCUAUCCCGGUGGAGGGAUUUGUGUGCUCAUCUGUUUUGAUUAUAUGUAGUGAGAGGCCUGGGCAGACCUCUCUUUUUUUCUCUCUCUCUACUUGCCUGGAGGGGGGGGGCGCUCCCCUGUUUCCUGAAAGUGUCCUCUGCGCCAACAGCUUCUUCUCGUUAACAAUGCAGGCCUGAUUGUGGUGAAUGCCUGGUAUGGGAAAUUCGUCAAUGACCAGAGCAGGAGGAACGAGAAGGUGAAGGUUAUAGACGUGACUGUGCCCUUGCAGUGCCUGGUGAAAGACUCCAAGCUCAUCCUUACAGAAGCAUCCAAGGUAAGGAGGAGGCCAGUGUGCAGGGAGGUGGGGAAGCAGAUAAGCCCACACAACUCACCUGUUCCAUUUCUGAGGGCGCCUUGGGGUGGUUGCCAGCCCAAGCCAGGCAAUCAUGAGGGGAGAUUUGUAAACCUUUGGUUGGACUUCCAGUAGGGUACAGAAGCCAAGCUUCACAAUGGUUCUGUGGUGUGUAUGUGUGCGCGCACGCAAGUGCACUAGCCCUUACACACAGUGCAUACUUCUGCACAACCACCAUCAUCUCUUCCUUUUUUGUAAUUACAUUUUUAUUGGAAUUUUUAACAUAAAGUGGUUAAAAACAGCACCAAACACAGCAAAUACCAAGGAGAGGAAGAACUGCCAACUAAACUGCAUCAAAAGAAUCAACUGAACUCAAGGAAUUAGGUGAUUAGGUGAUUAGGUGAUUAGACGGCGUUAAAUUGAUGUAUUGUUAAGGUUUCUAGAAGAGAUAAACUGGCACCAGACUGCUGCAAAGUUGCCUUCAUGUGUUUCUCCCCUGGCCCUCUUGCAUUUCUGAAUCAAUUUAUCAUUCAAAGCUGGUGGCCAUAUCCGAGCGUUAAACUUUUUCAUCCAGAGUUUUCCAAUGGCAGGAGGUUUCAAGACGGGCCCAACCAGUUACUUAAUGAUCAGAUCUCUAUAACCACCCUUCUCCUUGACUCAGCGUGUGACCAUUCCUCUCUUGCAGGCCGGCCUGCCUGGGUUCUACGACCCUUGUGUCGGGGAGGAUAAGAGCCUGAAAGUCCUCUACCAGUUCCGAGGAGUCCUGCAUCAAGUGAUGUCUGGCGACAACGAGGCCCUUCGGAUACCAAAGCAGUGUAAGUAGCAAAGCCCUGGUCUGCUGCUUCCGCUUCCAGCCCCUCUACAGGCCUGGUAAAGGCAUCCGUUGCCCUUCCACUGAGGAGCUGCCACGUGGGCAGGGGAUGGGAAGAUUGCAUUUGCAAGGACUCAUGGGGUCAGGGGGAUGACGACGACACACACCUCUCCAAAUUUCACUCCUGCCUCCUUUGCCUUCAUGUUCUUUCAGCCCGCUGACAGAGGCUGUGAGUUUGAGAGGGUUGUGGCCACAGCACACUGCUGCAUGGAGCCAAGGCAUGAAUCUCAAGACUUUCCUCCAGCAAUUUAAGCAUGACUAUGAGGAUGCACAGAGAACCCCUUAAACCUGAUUUCAUUGUCAAAUGACCCACCUCUUGUACCUUGGUCUUUGACACUGGAGAUAUUCCUGGGACUGAUUUAACUCUUUUUAAAAAAUGAAAUUGUUGUAACUCACUGUGGGGCCUGCUGGUGGAGGACAAAUAAUAGCUUGAGUAGCAAAUUAAAGUUAAUAAUAAUUUAGAGUUGAUAAAAUCAACAAAGUAGAGAGGAAGCUUCCAGUCCCCAAGGUGGCAGAAAUAUUGCACACCUUCAGGAUGAGGCCUAUCCUGAGUGCCCAGAGAUGACUGGCCAGAUCCAUGCAGUGUGACUUCUGCUGGUUUGGGGAGCAGCUUCCGGCUCCUAAAGGAACGGCAGCCUUGCUCUGCGCCUCUGGAGGCUCCUUCAUGCCCCUAUGUACACAGCUGCAGCAGGGCAGGGUAAACCCAGAUUUUCAGAAUCCCCAACUUUGCAGCUAUGAUAGCUUAGAGCCACGGCCCACAAAAUUGAUUUCCGUGCCAGGAUUUUGGAUUGGGGGCCUCCCUGCCAGUUUCCCCCGUGGAUGGUGGCAUGCUGCAUAGGGCUGGAGGCAGGCUGCUUCCUGCUCUCCUUUGCCAUUCUGCAGGAGGUGCUUUACAGGGGUGGGAGGAGCACAAUGUGGGUCUCCUGGGGGUGAACCCACUGUUGCCCACUUCUUAUUUUUAAAAAGUGCCUUUACACCUCCCUCAGUGGUGGCUCUUUUGCAAGUGUGCCUUGACCUCAGCCUCUAUAAAACAGUCUCUCCUCUCCCCACCCACCCCUUUUUUUGCUACCCCCACAGCUCACCGGAUUGAUGCGGACAGCUAAUCUGGUGGGAAAGAGGGCAGGUGCUGAGUUCUGUGCCCAGGAGCCAGCAGAUAUGGCACCAUCUUUCCUCCCUGGAUUUGAUGACGUCUUCAGACGGGUGGGGAUGCGACUUAUUUCCUGAUCGGUGGCAGAAGAAGGUGGUUUGACACCCAACGUAACAUUGUGGGACAAAAUGAGAGGAAUCUACUCUAACGAGACAGUGGCACCCAGACCCUGCAGCUGGGGGCCGUUGCUUGACUGGCACAGCUGACGAUGGCCAGCAUUUCCAGCCUGCCCCUGUCAACGCAAGGGGGCGGGCUGCAGACUAGGAGCCCCCCUUUCCCCUGCAGCAACCAGUGUCCUCUUCAGCGGGGGGAGCCUUGGGGCAGGUGGAUAAUGGGGGGCGGGGUGGGUGAGGUGUCGAUUUUAUUCUUGCAGGAAGUGGAGGGGGUGCGGGCUACUUCAGGUGAAGGAGCGAGCGGCCACAUUCGCGGCCUCCUCCCCGUAGACCCUUGCGGCUGUUCGGCAAUGCAAAGAACACGGUGCUCAUAUCCACGUUCCGAAAUCAAAAUGCACUUUGGGAAAUUUGUAAGCCUUUCUUUUAACACGUUUGAAUCUUCCUGUCCAUCAUCAUCUCUCUCUCUCUAGCAGCUGAUAUAAUAUGAUACACUAAGAGGAACUGUUUCUCUGUCAGCUUGUCUUUGUUCUGAGCACAGCAGGAAGCUGGCCCGGAAAAGGAGUAAAAGUCGCCAUAAGCGUUUUGAUGUACACAAAAGGCGUCGUGCGGAUGGAGGCAGGGUGGGGAGAUAGGAGUGGGAGGGCCAAGUGAGUGCCAAAUCAGAGGCAAUAGCAUUCCCGAUGGAAGAUUGCUCCCACCGCAGACCAGGGGUGCUCUUGUGCUGCAAGAAAGCAACGGAGAGGUUGCAGGAGUCCCAUUUUUGGCCCUCUGUUCCUGGUGGCAGUGUAGAGCUCCUUUUACAGACACGAACAGAGGAGGCUGGAGUUGCCUCUCUGUUGGUCCUUGGAACACCUUCCUUGAUGACAUUUAUGCAGGAUCCCUGGGGGUGUUGAAUGCCAAAACAAGCUGUUUGUCGUAACUGCCAGUUCCUGAAACACACACAGUGUGGUGCAUCCCUUGCGCCACUUUAUUCGUUUGUAUAACUGGGUUCGCCCCACUCAUUUGGAUCCGGAUCAUAUCCCCCCCAAUCUGUCCCCACCUCAGCUCUUACCCUAAGUAAAACGAUAACUGAUUCCAUGAAGCCUGUUACAUCCCUCCUGCCCCCUUUUCCUCUUGAAAUUAGGUGUUGCUGCUCCUCAGUUGUUUUGUUGGACAAAUAUUUUUCUCUCGCAUCUUCCAUUGAACCAAGUUCUGGUCUAGUAAUAUCCAUCUCCUUGGUUAACCCAUGGCACCUUCAAGUAAAGAUCUUUAUUCAUGUUGACACCCCUACCCGACUGCCCCAUUCAUUUUUCCACAUGCCAGUUAUCCCAACUUCCUUCAGAGCUGAUGAAAUGAGAAAUACACUGUAUGGUCAUAGUAUUUAUUCCUGGAUCGCAGUGAGUUCUGGUUUCAGAAAUCUGUGACCUGGCCUCUUCAGGAACCAGAAUCGGGCUAGAAUUAACACUGGUAAUUAACACUGACAAUAACCACUUGAACCUUCUGCUUUUUGAACCCAGCUCAGCCUGAGCACCCCUCUGCUUCAAUCCUUCCCCGCUUUCCAAAGCCCCUGCCUCGUGUGACUGGAAAUUUUGCAAAGUGCAUGAGCCGCUAAUGAGGACAGAGCCUCUGGUUUCUCCUGUAACAAAUAAGGACAAUAAAAGAGACCCAUUUUCUCC